GAGCUCGAAUCUCGCUACCGGCUUACUCGCAAUUCGCAUUCGAUCGACGUCUUGGUUUUAAAUGUCUCGGGGAAAUUUUCGAUUAUAAUGACUUGACUACUUGCAAAUAUUAAAAAAAGUAAUUUAAUAGAAUAGAUUAAGUAUAAGAAAGUAAUUAAAUAGAAAGAAUAGGCGUGGCAGACAAGAAAAUAAACGAAAGACGAUAUUUUUAAGUUAACGAAAAAAAUUAUUACACGAAACGAAAUUAAUCAAACGAGGAAUAAGGAGAAGGAUAACUUCAAAAAAUAGUGAAAUUGAUAACAAUUGUGAUUUUUAUUGUGGGUGCUUUAGAUACUUAUUAUAGAAAUAGAGGAAUUCAGUGAUUUUCUAUAGGAAGUUUAACAUUUUCAUUUUACCUAUUGAAUCUAAAACGGCCUCAAGAUGAAGCGACAGACGUCGCAAGAACAGCAACAACAACAGCAACAAAUGUCCACCAUGCAACAAUACAGUCAACAUAGAUCAGAACGACAAACUACGAGACAACAAAUCACCACACAACAAAGAGUGCAAGGAGAAAUAAUAAUGACAGCGUCACCAGCACCAGCAUUUACUGGAAGACCCGGUGAUCCUUCUCCACCUAUUUUUGAACAGAUUUUCAAAAAUGCUAGGUUUGCGCAAGGUGGAAAUGCUAUUUUUGAAGGUAGAGUUAAAGGAAAUCCUAAACCUACGGUUUCCUGGACACAUAAAGGAGUUCCGCUAAGGGAAUCCCAAAAAAUCUUAAUGUCUUAUGAUGAAAGAACUGGAAAUGUUACUCUACAAAUUAAUCAAAUUGGUCCUGGAGAUGAAGGAGAAUAUACUUGCAAUGCUAGAAAUCAAUAUGGUGAAGCCAUCUGUUCAGUUUACAUUCAACCUGAAGGUUUCGGACCUCCACCUAAACAAGGUUAUAAGGAUUACCAACAACGUUAUUCACAAACCAUUGAUAAACGCUAUACAAAUGGAUCAACAACGACAACUACAACGACAAUUGAAGAUUUUAAAGUGGACACAUUUGAAUAUAGAUUGUUACGUGAAGCUGAGUUUCGUGAGUCCAUUACUCGUCGAUAUGUUGGUGAAUCUGAUUCUCAAAUAUCUACUAAUGUAGAUCGUAGUCAAGGUCCUGUUGCUCCACCUCAAAUUGGUCAAAAACCAAGAAGUUCAAAGCUUGUUGAAGGUUCUGACGCUAUCUUCACUGCUAAGAUUUCUGGAAAUCCUAAACCUAGGACAACAUGGUUUAAAGAUGGUCAAAGACUCCGUAACUCUCAACGUAUUGAAACUGUUUAUUCAAAUCAACAAGCAACUCUACGCAUUAAAGGAGCAGCACCGAAUGAUAGUGGACAUUACACACUCCUUGCAGAAAAUCCUCAGGGUUGUACUGCAUCAUCAGCAUACUUGGCAAUUGAACAAAGUGAUCAAGUUGAUUAUGCACAACCUCAAUUUAUACAAAAAGAAACGAUAAAAACUGUUGAAAUAUCUCAAGCCCCCGAUCCAGGUAAAGUCCUGCCACCUAAUUUUAUCCGUACCUGCGCUGAUCGCGAGGUAACUGAAGAAAAGAUGACGAGGUUUGAUUGUCGUGUGACUGGAAGACCUUAUCCUGAAGUAACUUGGUAUAUCAAUGGAUAUCCAGUGGCUGAUGAUGUAACACAUAAAAUACUUGUGAAUGAAAGUGGUAAUAAUUCAUUAAUGAUUACAAAUGUUACACGAGCUGAUGCUGGCAUUAUUACCUGUGUUGCUAAAAACAAAGCUGGCGAAACUUCAUUCCAAUGUAAUCUUCAUGUAAUUGAAAAGGAGCAAGUAGUAGCCCCGAAAUUUGUAGAAAAAUUUACUACAACGCAUGUGAAAGAAGGAGAGCCAGUUGUUUUCUCGGCUAGAGCUGUUGGUACACCUAUCCCUCGAAUUACUUGGCAAAAGGACGGAGUUCCAAUAGUCGCUGGCUCUGAUAUUAGGAUUACAACGGAGGGAAAUGGAUCCUCAAUGUUAGAGAUUCCAAAUGCUAAAUAUUCAGAUGCAGCCUGGUAUCAAUGCACUGCUCAAAAUAUAGCUGGAUCUACUGCCAACCGUGCUCGACUUUUCGUCGAAAUGCCUAAAGGAACAACUACUGAACCAAGACGCCUGAAUUUACCUCGACCGACGAAAGUCAUCGAACCAGAACCAAUAUCUGGCCCUGAAGUAAUCUAUCUACGACACGUGGAACGUGCUAAACCUUAUUUACCACCAUCAGAAGAAGAUAGAAUAUAUCCACCACCGAGAUUUAUCGUUCCACUCCGAGAUGUUCAUCAAAACGAAGGUGGACGCAUUCACUUCGAAGCCAGAAUCGAACCGGUGGGUGAUCCUACCAUGAGAGUAGAGUGGUAUGUUAAUGGUAGAACCCUAGAAGCGAGUUCUCGGGCAACGUAUCUCUUCCGCUUUGGCUUUAUCUCUCUCGACUUAAUUAGCGUGGUAGUUCAAGACAGCGGCGAAUACGUUUGUCGUGUUGUCAGUUCUACCGGAGUCGCAGAAUCUCGUGCAAUGCUUAGUGUUACUCCACGUGCGACUAUCGAACAAACCAGUCAACAUCCAGACAGUCUUCGAUAUAUUCAGCAGCUUGAGGAUUAUUCCAAGUAUCAAAGACAAGAGAGUAUAGAAGAUCUUUCCUCCCAACGUCCAGUCUUUAUUCGUCCAUUACAAGAUAUUGGUGAGCUUCAAGAAGGCAGGAAUGCCCACUUCGAAGCUCAAUUAACUCCAGUCAGUGACCCAACUAUGAAAGUUGAGUGGUAUAAGGAUGGACGACCAAUCACAGCUAGUUCAAGAAUCUCGACUAUCUUCAACUUCGGAUACGUCUCACUAAAUAUUAUGCACCUACGGGCUGAAGAUACGGGUUCUUAUACCGUGAGAGCUGUGAAUCGUAUAGGAGAAGCAAUAAGUAGCUCAAUUCUCCGUGUCUUAGCACGCACCAGCGUAACUUCUGACCUUGGAAUUCCAGAGCAGCAAAAGUAUAUUGAAGCUGCAGAAGAACUAGAAGCAUAUCAACAAGCUAUACAUCAAAAAUAUGUGAGAGAACAGCCAGAGCCCACGAGUCCACCGGAAUUUAAAUCGCCGAUCAAAGAUCAGAUUAAUGUUCGUGAAGGAGGAUUUGCUCACUUCGAAGCUCGUUUAGAACCAGUGGGUGAUCCUGACCUUCGAGUUGAGUGGCUUAAAGAUGGUCGUCCACUAGAAGCAAGCUCACGAAUUACCACUUUUUUUAAUUUCGGAUACGUUGCCUUGACUUUAAAAUAUGUGACAAUUUAUGAUGUAGGAGUUUAUACUUGCCGUGCAUAUAAUAGAGUUGGUGAAGCACAUACAACCGCUCAAAUGAGUGUAAUAAGUAAAAAUGAUAUUAUUUAUGAUAGCCAACAUCCACAAGGAUUACAAAAAAUUCAAAGUCUUGAAGAUUCAAGCCGUUAUCAGCGACAAAUGCAAGAAGAAAUUCAAGUAAUACAAAAACCUCGCUUCCUUGGUCCUUUAAAAGGAACUAAUAAGAUUGUAGAGGGCCAAAGAGCACAUUUCGAAGCUAGAGUAGAACCACAAAAUGAUUUGACAAUGAAAAUCGAAUGGUAUCAUAACGGAAAACCCAUCACUGCUGCUAAUAGAAUUCAAACUUAUCAUGAUUUUGGAUAUGUGGCUAUUGAUAUUCUUCAAGUUAGAGCUGAAGAUACUGGAACCUAUACUGUUAUCGCUCGAAAUGCAAUAGGAGAAGCUCGUCUUCAAGCUACAAUGUCUGUUGAAACUCGUUCUGGCAUUGAUACAAGUAGCAUGCAUAGAAAGGCAUACGAAAAAACUCAAAAACUUGAAGGAUCUCAAUUUGUUGAACCUCAAUACUAUAUUGAAGAAAUUUCCAAAUCCAAACCAAUAUUUGUGCAGCCUCUUAGUAAUCCUAAACCAGUUAGUGAAGGUAAAAAUAUUCAUUUAGAAUGCAGAUUAGAGCCCAUGGGAGAUCCAACAAUGCGCGUAGAAUGGUUCCAAAAUGGUCGUCCAGUUACUGUUGGAUCGAGGUUCAGGACUUAUUAUGACUUUGGCUUUAUUGCUCUUGACAUUGUUCAUGCAACAGCUUUGGACUCUGGAGAAUAUACUGUUCGUGCUACUAAUCAUCUUGGAAGUGCGCAUACUUCAGCAUGUGUAAGAGUUAUUGGAAGAUCAGACGUUAUAACUGAAACUCAGAAUGAACAAUCUUUAGAACUGAUUCAGAUGUUAGAAGAUUCUUCAAAAUAUAGACGAUAUAUUCAAGAAGAUGUAACUGUUGUUCAAGCUCCUCAAUUCACUCGUCCACUUCAUAACAUUGAAACCGUCGAAUUAACAAAUGUUCAUCUUGAAUGUCGCCUUCAACCAGUAGGAGAUCCCACAAUGAGAGUUGAGUGGUUUGUCAAUGGAGUUCCUGUAACCACUGGACAUCGAUUUAGACCUUCAUAUGAGUUUGAUUAUGUUGCUUUAGAUAUUCUUGGAGUUUACCCUGAAGACUCAGGUGUUUAUACAUGUCAAGCACGUAAUCAACUUGGUGAAGCUGUGACUUCUUGCUCUGUUCGUGUUCAUGCUAAAAAAGAUUUAUUAUUAGAAUCUCAACAUCCAGAAGGUCUGGAAAGAAUUCAAUAUUUGGAAGACACUUCAAGAUAUAAAAGGAAAGAAUUGAUUGAUGAAGUGGUUAAUGUCAAACCAAAAUUUAUUACUGCACCAAAGAAUCAAGAAAAUCUUCGAGAGGGACAACAUGCUCAUUUUGAGUGUAAGCUUGAACCAGUUACAGACUCGAAUUUGAAGGUGGAAUGGUUCAAAAAUGGACGUCCGGUUACAAUAGGACACCGAUUUCGUCCCAUUCAUGACUUUGGCUAUGUUGCGCUAGACGUGAUCGACCUAAUUGCCGAAGACUCUGGCACUUAUACAUGUCGUGCAGUUAAUCUCGUUGGUAGUGAUGAAGUUCAUUGUAUUUUAACUUGUCGUUCAACAGCUCAAGUUCUGACUAAUACUCAAAAUGAAACUGGAUUAGAACAGAUUCAUUAUCUUGAAGAUCGAUCAAAAUACCAUCGUCGUGAGGUAGUUGAAGAAACAACAACCCAAGCACCAAUCUUUACGACGUCAUUGAAAAGUGUUGAAAUAAAAGAAGGCCAACGAGCACAUUUCGAAUGUCGUUUAAUUCCAGUUUCCGAUGCAACAAUGAAAGUUGAAUGGUUCCAUAAUAAUACACCAGUAAAAGCCGGUUCCCGCUUUGUUGAAACUAACAGCUUCGGAUUCGUUGCUUUAGACAUUAUGUAUGCAUAUCCUGAAGAUUCUGGUACUUAUACUUGUCGAGCUAGAAAUGCAAUCGGCGAAGCAAUGACUUCAGCUACUGCAGUUGUUCAUUCAAAGAAAUCUAUUUACAUGGAAACACAACGUGCGGAAGUUCUUCAACGACUUCAUCAGUUGGAAGACCAUUCAAGAUAUCAACGCAAACAAACACAAGAAGAAACAAUCACUCAAGCACCAGUUUUUACAAUGCCUAUUAAAGACCUUCGUGUUGCUGAAAACCAAGCAGCUCACUUUGAAGCUCGAGUAAUCCCAGUUGGAGAUUCACGACUUAAAGUUGAAUGGCUUCGUAAUGGAGUACCGAUUGAAGCCUCUAAUCGAAUAACGACCAUGCACGAUUUUGGAUAUGUUGCUCUCAACAUGAAAUAUGUGAACCCUGAAGACUCAGGUACCUAUACUUGUCGAGCUGUGAAUGAUUUAGGCGAAGCAGUAACAUCAGCUACACUUUUUGUGCAAUCUAAAGCAGCUCUUCAACUUGAGUCACAACACGAAACUGCAUUGACAAAAAUUCAGGUAUUAGAAGAUACCAAUAAAUAUCAACGUCGUGAAGAAGAAGAAAUAAACGUGAAAGAGCAACCACGUUUUACGGUGAAACUUAAUGGUCCAACAAAGUUAGUUGAAGGACAAAGUGCACAUUAUGAGUGCCGUAUUGAACCCUAUCCUGAUGCUACCAUGAAAGUAGAAUGGUUCCAUAACGGUCAGCCACUUUCUACUGGGCACAGAUACAGAACAACGUGUGAUUUUGGUUUUGCAGCUCUUGACGUAUUGACCGUCUAUGCCGAAGAUUCUGGCACUUACACGUGCAAAGCCACCAAUAAACUUGGCUCGGCUCAGAGUUCUAUUGAACUUUCGGUUACAUCUCGAGCUUCGAUUAUACGUGAAACACAACAUGAAAGUGCAUUGAAGAAAAUCCAAUAUCUUGAAGAUGAUUCUCGUUAUAAGCGUAUCCAACAUGAUGAUUCAUUUAUCGCUGAAAAACCGAAAUUCGGAAGACCUUUGAAGAAUAUUGAACAUUUGCCAGAAGGCAAAAGUGCUCACCUAGAAGCGACUUUAACCCCUGUUAAUGAUCCUACAAUGGUAGUUGAAUGGUAUCGAGAUGGACAACCCAUCCCUCAAGGACACAAAUUUAAAACUACUUAUGAUUUCGGUUAUGUUGCGUUGGAUAUUCUUUAUGCCUAUCCUGAAGAUUCCGGAACUUAUAUGUGCAAAGCUAAAAAUGCUGUAGGAGAAGCUGUUACUACUUGUGUUAUUAGCGUUGAUUCUAAACAAGGUUUAUACUUGGAUACUUUGGAUGUGCAACGUCUUGAGAAAAUCCGUGAAUUAGAAACGGUUGUAGUUAAAGAAGUUCCAGAAAAGGAAAUUACCUACCAGAAACCAGUGUUUUUGACACCUUUGAAUAAUUUAGAUCACCUUAAAGAAGGUGAACAUGCACACUUAGAAAGUCGAGUUGAACCGAUAAAUGAUCCAAACCUUAAAAUUGAGUGGUUUGUUAAUGGUGUUGCUGUUAAAACUGGUCACCGUUUCCGUACAACUCACGACUUUGGUUAUGUCGCUUUGGAUAUACUUUAUGCUUAUGCUGAAGAUUCUGGUACUUAUAUGUGUAAGGCUACCAAUCUUGCUGGUGAAGCAGUUAAUACUUGUACUAUCAGAGUUGGCUCACGUCGUAGCAUUCUUUUUGAUACUCAACAUCCUGAUGGAUUAGAGAAAAUCCGUGAAUUGGAAGCACAAGGCCAUCCAACACGCCUUGAAGUUGAAGAACCUCCUCCCACUUUUCCAAGAUUCGUGACAGAGCUUAGAGGAACAACCGAAAUAUAUGAAGGGCAAACAGCUCAUUUCGAAUGUCAAGUAGAACCUCUUCAUGAUGCCAAUCUUCGAGUUGAAUUCUACCAUAAUGGAAAGCCUUUAGCAUCUGCUUCUCGAUUCCACGUGACAUUUGAUUUUGGAUAUGUAGCUUUAGACAUUACCCACGGUGUUCCUGAAGAUGCUGGAGAAUAUUCGGUUAAAGCCAUAAAUGCUUUAGGCCAAUGUACAUCCUCUAUUAAUUUGAAUGUAAUUCCGCGUGAUAACAUUAUCAAAGACGCUCAACGUCCUGAAGGAUUAGAAAAAAUUCGUGAGUUAGAAUCACAACAACCAUGGAAGCGGCCUGAAGUUCCAGAACCAGUAACUCGUCAACGACCAGUCUUUACUCAACCUCUUCAAAACAUUGACAGCGUUCCUGAAGGACAAACUGCUCACUUUGAGUGUCGAUUAAUUCCUGUAGGUGAUCCUACAUUGAAAGUUGAAUGGUUUAGGAAUGAAAAGCCUCUCGGUGACAGCUCAAGAAUUACCAAAGUUCAUGAUUUCGGUUAUGUUUCUCUUGAUAUUGGACAUGUACGAGAUGAAGAUCAAGGUGUUUACAUGUGCCGUGCAUCCAAUCCUCUUGGUGAAGCUGUGACAACUGCUUCAAUGAAAGUUAGAACUAAAGCAAGCAUUCAAUUAGAAAGUCAACAUCCUGAAGCUCAGAGAAGAAUUGCACAACUCGAGGCUGAUAAACCCAGUCGUCCAGAAGAGCCAGAAAAAGUAUUCGAUAAACCAAUUUUCACACAACUUCUUACUGGACCUAAUGAGCUCUGGGAAGGUCAAAUGGCACGUUACGAAUGUCGUGUUGUACCUGUCGGAGAUUCAAGCUUACGAUUCGAGUGGUAUGUAAAUGGUGUAGAAUUAAAAAUGGGUUCUCGAUUCCAUGUAAGUCAUGAUUUCGGCUACGUUACUUUAGAUAUACUAAAAGUAAUUCCUGAAGAUUCUGGAGUUUACUCGUGUAAAGCUAUUAACAAUGCUGGAGAAGCUAUUUCAUCAAUAUCUCUCAAGGUAAAGGCACGAUCAGCUAUUGAAAAAGAUGCAUUACAACCAGAUGCUUGGCAGAAAAUUCAAUUAAAAGAAGCAGAAAUGAAUAAAGUUCCUGAAAUGUUUGUUGAUACUACUCCUCAACAAGCUCCAGUAUUUACUACACAUUUAAAGAGUUAUGACAAGCUUCAAGAAGGUCAACAUGUAUAUCUGGAAGCUCAAGUAGAACCUAGAGCUGAUCCUAAUUUACGUACUGAAUGGUUUAAGAACGGUAUUCCUCUCCAAACUGGUACACGGCUUCGCUGUACAUUUGAUUUCGGUCUUGUGACUCUUUCUAUCAAUGGUUUACGAGCUGAUGACUCUGCUCUUUAUACUUGUAGAGCUACGAAUCUUCUAGGAGAAGCUGUAUCUACCUGUAGUUUAAAGAUUGAUGAUAAACAUUGGUUGUUGGGCGAUACCCUUCAUCCAGAUGCUCUAUCAAAGAUCGAUGCUUUAGAACAACCAGCACCAAGUGCUCCAGAAUGUCCAGAGCCUACAUAUGAGGAACCAGUAUUUAUUACACAUUUGAAUAAUGUUGAAUGCACUGAAGGAGAAAAUAUUCACUUCGAAUGCAAUGUUGAACCAUCAAAAGAUCCGACAAUGAAAAUCGAGUGGCUCUUGAAUGGAAAACCAUUACCAACAGGAGCACGGUAUAAAUCUACAUAUGAUUUUGGAUAUGUUGCAUUAGAUAUUAAUCAUGCAUAUGAAGAAGAUUCUGGAAUGUUGACUGUGAAAGCAACUAAUUCUAAAGGAUCUGCUCAAACAACUGGAACAUUAAAGUGUACAAGUAAACAAAAUAUCUAUCUUCAAACUCAACAUCCUCAAGGUGCUGUUGGUUUAGAAAAAGUUCAAGAAGUUGAUGAAGCCUUCCAAUCUAGAUCUAGACGUCUAAAUGAAGGUCCAGAAACUCAAUAUCCUAAACCAAUCUGGACAGUUCCACUUCAACCAGAAUUUAGACUCGGAGAAGCCGAACCUCUCCAUUUAGAAGGUCAAGUAGAACCAAAGGAUGAUCCUAACUUGAAGAUCGAAUGGUAUUUUAAUGGAAAAGCUCUCGAACAUGGAUCUCGUUUCAAAAUGACAAGUGAUUUUGGCUUUGUUACUUUAGAUCUUACUGAUGUUUAUGAUAGAGACUCAGGAAUAUACACAUGCAAAGCUUACAAUAAAGCUGGAGAAGCCUUUACAUCAACAACUGUUUACUGCACAACUAAAGAGAGUAUUAUUGAACACUCGCAACAUCCAAAGGGUAAAGAAGGAUUGGAAGCUAUUCAAGAUCUUGAAGAAUCAUUGAAGAAACCAGAUGGAAAACCAACAGAUGUAGAAGAAGGUCAUCCUCCAGUAUUUACAUCACAGUUUGAAAAUCUUACUAAUUUAUCUGAAGGAGAUAUUGCUCACUUUGAAGCAUCAUUAACUCCGACUGGUGAUCAAACAAUGAAGGUUGAAUGGUUUUACAAUGGAAAAGCUCUAGAAGCUAGUCAUAGAAUCAGAACAGUUUAUGCUUUUGGUAUGGUUGUUCUAGAAGUUCUUGGAACCAAGAUAGAAGAUUCAGGAAGUUAUUCUUGUAGAGCAACAAAUAAAUGGGGCAAAGCUGAAAUAUCUGUUAAAUUAGAAUGUGUUGAUAAAUCUAAAGGACAAAAACCAAAAUUCACCACUCAUAUUCAGUCUCUAGAGGGUCUAAAAGAUGGUCAAUCAGUUCACUUUGAAUGUACUUUAAUUCCUGUUGGUGAUCCUCAUAUGAAAGUUGAGUGGUUCCACAAUGGAAAACCUUUGAGGCAUUCGUCUCGCUUCAAGAUGGUAUCUGAUUUUGGAUUUGUUGUUAUGGAUAUUGCUGGAGUAAUGUCCCAUGAUAGUGGAGAAUACGUGUGCAAAGCAAGUAAUAAAUUUGGUGAAGACUAUACAAAAGCAACGAUUAAAUGCUUUGGAAAAAGUGAAGUUUAUCUGGAUUCACUUCAACCAGAUUCUUUGGCAAGAAUUCGUGAACUUGAAGCUUAUGGCCGAGAACAGCCUACUUCUCCGACAACUCCAGUUGGUGGACCACCGACAUUUAUUACUCAGAUUACUGACAUUACUAAAUUAGUUGAAGGACAGUCAGCACACUUCGAAGCACGACUCACUCCUGUAACUGAUCCAGAUCUCAAAGUUGAAUGGUAUUAUAAUGGUAAAAAACUUCCUCAUGGUCAUCGUUACAGAACUUUCCAUGAUUUUGGCAUUGUCAUCUUAGAUAUUUUAUAUUGCUACGAAGAGAAUUCCGGAGUUUAUGAGUGUAGAGCUGUUAAUAAAUAUGGAGAAGAUUCAACAAAAGCAACUCUUAAAUGUAUUUCUAAGGCAAAUCUUAUUUUAGAAUCGCAGUUGCCUAAAGGCAUGGAGAAAGGUUUAGAAAAGAUUCAGACUCUUGAAGAUUCAAUGAUUAAAAUCAAAGAUGAAAAAGUUACUGAAGAGAAAGGUAAAGCUCCAGUAUUUACCGUUCCUUUGAGUAAUAUUGAUGGACUUCGUGAAGGUGAAAGCGCUCACUUUGAAGCUCGAUUAACUCCAACUGAUGAUCCAAAACUCAAAGUUGAAUGGUUCUGGAAUGGAAAACCUUUGAAGACUGGAUCUAGAUUCCGUACAUUCUGUGACUUUGGUUUUGUAAUUCUAGAAAUAUCUCCAAUUUAUCCUGAAGACUCUGGAGAAUAUAGCUGUCGUGCAACGAAUGACUAUGGUGAGGCAGUGACAAGUUGCACAAUGAAGUGUACUGGGAAGAGAAGUAUUAUUUUAGAAUCACAACUACCAAAGGGUAUGGAAAGUACAAUCGAUAAAAUUGCGGAAUUAGAAGGUCUUGGUGGAGAACCGGGUCAAAUAAUACCUGAUGAUGAUACUGGAAGACCACCAGAAUUUAUCACAACACCUUCGGAUUUAACGUUAAGUGAAAAUUCCUUGGCUCAUUUCGAAUGCCGACUUGUACCUAUCAAUGACUCUAGUAUGCGAGUCGAGUGGUUCCAUAAUGGAAAAGCUUUGAAUGCAGGAUCAAGAAUUAAAACCAUUCAUGAUUUUGGUUUCGUUAUUCUUGAAGUAGCUAACUGCUAUCAACGAGACUCAGGCUUAUACACGUGUAAAGCUACAAAUCGUCAUGGUGAAGCAACUGCUUCUUGUACUCUUCAAGUUCGAGGCCGUCAAGGAAUUAUUUUAGAACCUCAGCUUCCUAUGAAUUUCAAAACUGGAACUGAAAGUAUACAAAAACUUGAAGAAGCUUUGUAUAAGAAAGAUGAAAUUCUUGCUGAAGAAGAAAAACCAAAUCCACCUAGAUUUGUUGUUGAACUAAAAGACAUCGAAGUUGAAGAAUCAGCACCUAGUCACUUUGACUGUAAGGUAGAACCCGUUGGAGAUCCAACAAUGCGAAUUGAUUGGUUCCAUAAUGGCAGACCAUUUGCUACUGGUUCUCGAGUCCAUCAAAUUAAUGACUUUGGUUUUAUUUCUCUCGAUUUAUCAUAUACUUACGCUAGAGAUAGUGGAGAAUAUGUUUGUCGAGCAACCAAUAAAUGGGGAUUUACUACCACUAAAGCCACAAUUACAUGUAAAUCUAAGAAAACCAUUGAUUUUGAUUCUCAACUUCCUUCUGGCAUGAGUGGUGAAAAAUUGAAAGAACUUGAAAGAGGACCUGUCAGUGAACCACCACCUCCUGAAGAUCUUCCUCGAGUGCCUCCGAAGUUUAUUACACAAAUUCAGUCAGCAACUGUCGAAGAAUCAGAACCUUUAAGGUUCGAGUGUCGUGUUGAACCGAAAGAAGAUCCAACUUUGCGUAUUGAAUGGUAUAGAAAUGGAAAAUUGAUUCCUGCUGGUCAUCGAUACAGAGCUGUAUAUGAUAUGGGCUUUGUUGCAAUGGAUAUUCUUUAUGUUUAUCCUGAAGAUUCUGGUGAAUAUGUUUGUAAAGCAAUCAAUAAUUGGGGAGAAGAUACAACACGAGCUUCAGUAUCUUGCAAGACCAUACCAAAUAUUAUCCUUCAGAACCAAGUUCCAAAAGGUAUGAAGAAGUCUGAAGCUUUGAUGCAGAUGGAAGCAACCAUUAAAAAAUACACAUCAGAAGUUCAUUUAACUGAGGACGAUCUUUAUGAUGCUGAAAAGAGACAACCUCCACGAUUUGUCACGCAAAUUCAAAGUCAAACUGAAUUAAUGGAAAUGAACAGUACUAAAUUCGAAUGUCAGCUUGCUCCUGUUGGUGAUCCGAACAUGAAAGUUGAAUGGUUCUUUAAUGGAAAACCAUUGCCUCACAAAAACAGAUUUUCACCUAUUUAUGAUUUUGGAUAUGUUGCGAUGAACUUUGGUUGGGUUUAUCCUGAAGAUAGUGGAGAAUAUCUUUGCAGAGCUACUAAUCUUUAUGGAAUGGAUGAAACCAAGGCUAUUAUUAAAACUUCUGGUAAACCUGGAAUUAUUUAUGAGUCUCAAUUACCUAAAGGAAUGAAGAGUAUUGAAAAGAUCAGAGAAAUGGAAGCAGCUUGGCAAGUUGUUUCUGAAGAAGAAAUUGAAGAAGACAAACCUCGAACAGCUCCAGUAUUUGUCAGUAAGCCAGAGCCUGUCGAAGUUGAAGAAAGUGAUUGGGCUAGGUUUUGUUGUCGUGUAACUGGUCAUCCACGUCCUAGAGUGAUGUGGAUCAUUAAUGGCCACACAGUUAUUAAUGGUAAUCGAUAUAAACUGACUUAUGACGGAAUGUACCAUUUAGACAUACCGAAAACUCGUCAAUAUGAUCAUGGAAAAGUUGAGGUAGUAGCGAGAAGUUCAUUGGGAGAAGCAAAAUGCGAAACAACUUUAACUGUGAAACCCAGAAGUGAUGAUUAUCGUGGAGUUUUGAAGAAUUCUCCAAGACCUUGGUACGACAUUGGGUUAACUCAAUAUCAGACAGAACGUCAGGAUACAGAACUAGAGCGAGUCUUUGAUGAAAGACAACACAAUGUUUCUCAGGGAGUUGGAAUAGCUACAGAACAUCUUGGUCAUAAAGUUUUUAAAGAGCCUGAUACUGAAUGGCAAAAAUCAGUGAGAACAAAAAAGAACGAAGAAGGAUACUACAAUAAAUUGAUGAAUCUCGAAGAAGAACAAAUUCUUAAAGAAGCGAGAUUAAGAGAAGCAACCCACCAGUUUGCUAUUCCUGGUGAAAAAGUUGUGAGCAGUUCAAUGGCUAAAGGAAUGGCUCAAAAAUAUCAGGAAAAUUUGGAACAAUCAACACAAGAAACUACUUUGGUAACAUCACCUCCAAGAGUACUGAAAAAAUUCAUUACUGAGGUCGAUAUUGAUACAGAAAGAGUUAAAGGAACCGGUAAAUAUCCUCUUAGUCCAGCAGAAUCAGCAGUUCAUGGUAAAGAGAUCCAUGUAGCAAAAUCUAAACAAGUUCAAAAAGAAACUAAAGGUGACACAGAGAUCACCAGAAAGAUUACAGCAACAGAAACAACAGAAGUUGAACAUAAAGCAAAGACUCAAGAACGUGUUGUCCAAGGUCCUGUAAAACCUGCAAUUCCUCCAGUUUUCACUAAGAAAAUUCAACCUUGUAGAGCUUUCGAACAGGAACAAGCUAGAUUUGAAGUUGAAUUUGAUGGAGAUCCAUUGCCAACUAUUAAAUGGUACAGAGAAGACUUCCCAAUCCAAAACUCUAAAGAUCUCCAAAUUUAUACAUUUAGUACGAAGUCAGUGUUGAUUGUUCGUCAAGUUUUCAUGGAAGAUUCCGGAGUUUUUUCAGUCGUUGCUGAAAAUCGUGGAGGUACAGCAAAAUGUAGUGCAAAUUUAGUUGUCGAAGAAAGACGCAGACAACCUGGAAGAGGAGGAAGUGUACCCCCCAGUUUUCUUACUACAAUUCAAAGCACUUCAGUACCAACUGGACAAUUAGCUAGAUUUGAUGCAAAGGUUUCUGGAACCAAACCUUUAGAUGUCUAUUGGCUUAAGAAUGGUAAAAAAAUCACAGCGGAUAUCCGAUACAAAACUCUUGAAGAGGACAACACUUAUACUUUAUUGAUUCUGGAAACUGUACCAGAGGAUACAGCUAAAUACGAAUGUGUUGCAAUCAAUAGUGCAGGUGAAGCACGAUGUGAAGCUGAAUGUAACGUUCGUGGACCGCAAUCUCCAUCUACGGUGAAACCAUCAAAGCCAUCACCACCAGGAGUAGAAAAAGCUCCUUUGAUUGUUGAGCCUUUGAAAGAUCAAACAAUCAAAGAAGGAGCAGCUGUUGCGUUUGCUUGCAAAAUUAGUGGAAAGCCAAUUCCUACUGUGUUAUGGAAGAAAGGAGAUAAGGUUAUUAAACCAUCAAAAUACUUCCAAAUGCAAAAAGAGGGAGAUCGAUGUACUUUGAGAAUUUCUGAAGCUUUCCCUGAAGAUGAAGGAGUAUAUAAGUGCAUUGCUAAAAAUUCAGCUGGAGAAGUCACAACAUCAGCUAAUUUAAGAGUUUUAGCACCCGAAAGUACUGAUGUACUUCCAAAACUAACACCCUUAAGGGAUCAAGUUGUUCUUGAAGGUCAACCGGCUCAAUUUAAAACUCAAAUUAGCCCUCCGAAACUGAAACCUACAAUUCAAUGGUAUCGGGAAGGGCUAUUAAUUCCUCAAUCACCAGACUUUCAAAUGAUACAUGAGGGUAACAAUGCAGUACUCUUAAUAGCCACAACUUAUGAGGAAGAUUCAGGUGUUUUUACCUGUCGUGCAACAACAUCUACUGGUACUGUUGAAACAUCAGCAAAACUCAUCGUAAAAAAAAGGACAGGAGUUCAAUAUGAAAUAGUUGCUUCUGAUGAUGUAUCUGGUUCGGGAUCAGAAGCUCGAAAAAAGCCUUAUUCUGCAACUUCAGUUGGAGGUCUACAAAAAUCAGAAUUCAAAUAUGAGCAAGUACAAAAAGGAGAAGUUACAGAAUUAAGUGAGAAAGAGAUAGUAAUUACAUCUCUCCAGCCUGGUGAUGAGUCUCUACCAUGGAGAAAAGGCAGAGUGAUUCAUAGAGUUCAACCAAGUGGAAUAGCACCUUGGAAAAAGGCUCAACCAACAAUAAAAGAUGUUACAAAGCAGCAAGCAAAAUUGGCUGAAGUUCCAGAAGUAAAACCAUGGACAGAAGAAAAAAUUGCUUUGAAAAGUAUUCCUCCAGUAGUUCGAGAAAUACCACGUAAAGUAUUGGAAGGAGUGGAAUUAAAGCCCUCAAAAAUUGAAAAGAAAGAAAUUCCAAAGUCAAGUCUAGAAUCUGUGGAAUUAAAGCCUGUAGUAAAAACUACUGAUGAGGACAAAAUAACUAAAAGACUUCUGCGGGAGACAUAUGUAGAAGAGGAAGACACAAUUAUUCAAGAUGUGUCACGAAGUGAGCAAGAAGUAGAGAGGAAAGUAAGACCUUGGACUGAAGAAAAGCGUGAAUUGAAACCUUCAAAGCCAAUUAAAAGAGAAACUAUUAAGGAAAGUAUUGAAGAAGUUCAAUUAAAAAGAACAAAAAUAGAAAAAAAAGGAAUAGAUAAACCUAUGCUAGAAAAUGUUGAAUCAAAACCAGUAACUAAAACAGUGGUCGAUGAACAAAGUUUGACUUUAGAAUACUAUGAAGAAGAUGAUUCAUCUUUGUUGAAAGUAUCAGACAUAUCAAAGGACAUUUCAAUCAAAAAAAUUAGAAGAGCUGAAAAACAAGAAAUCAUCCAAGAAAGGACUGAUAAAACAAAACCUUGGACUGAAGAAAAAGUUGUUUUAAAGAAGUCUAAACCAUUUAAGAAAGAAGUCAUCAAGGAAAAAAUAGAAACAGUAGAUUUAAAACCCGCAAAAACAGAUAAGAAAGAUAUACAAAAACCAAGCAUUGACAAAGUCGAUUUGAAACCGGUAACACAAGAAGUUGAUACAACAGUAAGCAGCAUUAGUGAUUAUUAUAAAAAAGAAGAUGUUGCUACAUUAAAAAUAUCUGAGGAAGUUCUCGCGAAAUUAAACAAAAAACCACAGAAACCAGCAGUUACGGUUGCAACUAAAGACGAAGUAAGACCUUGGACAGAAGAAAAAAUUUCAUUGAAACCUUCGAAACCAGUUGAAAAGGAAGAAGAAAAAGAAACUGUUGAAAUAACAAAGGAUAUUAUUGAAGAAGCAGAAAGAAUUGAAUUAGGUACAGUGGAUUACAAAGUAGAAGAAGAUACUAUUUUUUCAGAUAUUUCUAAAAAAGAAAAAGUUCAAGUGGCGAAAAAACCUGAAGUGAUACCUUGGAUUGAACAAAAACGAGAAUUAAAACCAUCAAAGAUUAAAAAGACUGAAAUACCUAGACAAAGUAUUGAAGAAUUUAAAUUGAUACCAACUUCACGAAAAACGAAACCGGAAGAAGAAAAAUCUGAUAAAGUUAAAUUAAAACCCGCCCAAAGGUUUAAAUCCGACGAAAAGAAGCAAGAGGAAGUUAAAUUAAAACCAAUUCCACGAAAAGAGCAAGCAAAAGGAGACCAAAAAGAAGUUACUGAAGAGCAGGUAUUAAUUGAGAAAUUUGUUAAAGAAGACAUUUCAACACAUUUAGAUGUAUCUAAAGCUGAACAAGUUGACAUUAGCACCGACAGACUAGCUCAACCAAAACCAUGGACUGAAGAAAAACUUCAAUUAAAAAAAUCUCGCCUGAUUCAAAAAGAAAUUAUUAAAGAAACUUUGGAUACAGUUGAGCUAAAACCAGUGAAAAAAGAAAUCACUACUAAAGAUAAAAAAAUAGUCAAAGAUACAACGUCUCAAUUUAUCGAACAAGAAGGUACUAAAUUAAUUAAAGUUACAAAAGAUGAAGUUACUGUACAAGAUCAAAAAAUUGAACAAACUAAGUUAGAUAGGAAAAAGGCAACAGAAAUUUCGUAUCAUGAAGUCGAAGAUAUACAAUUAUUAGAGGUUGAUAGAAAAGAGAACAUUACUGAGAAACGAACAACUGAAGAAGUUCCAGUACCUUGGACACGAGGUAAAAAGCCAAAAGAAAUUUUGAAACCUGAACAAGUUAAACCUAAAGAAAAAACAGAAGAUAAGCCUGAAGAGAUGUCUCAAAUACCUUGGAUACGAAGUAAAAAACCACAAGAAAAGAAACUUAAUGAAGUUUUACCACAAGAAAAGACUGAUGAAAAAGAAGAGAUUGCAAAGACUAGUAUUUCUUGGCGUAAACAACAAAAGAAACCUAAAGAAAUAGUGCCAAUUGUCGAACAAGAAGAUAAGACGUUAUUGCAAGUUGAUCAGACUGGAGAAGAAAUAAUUGCUAACAAAGAAGAGGUUGCAGUUCCAUGGAUAAAAGGAAAAGCAACACCUCAAAAGGUAAAACUUGAGGAAUUAAAGCCAGAAGAAAUUGAAUCUGAAGAAGAUAAACCAUCUCAGACAUCUCAAUUACCAUGGAUGCAUAAGAAAGUUAAUAAAGUUGUUAAAAAAGAAGAAGAAUUAACAGAGGACAUUAAAUCAGUAACCUUAAAACCUACUAAAAGAGAUAAAAAACCAGAGAAACUCGAAGAGAAAGAGAAAAUUACUUUAAAACCUGUAAAGAAAAUUCCGAAAGGAGAAAAAGACAAAAUUGAUAUAAAAUUAAAACCGAUACCAGAAAAAGAAUUAAUACCUCAGCAGGUUCAUGAAAUAUCCGAAGAAGAGAAACCAAUAGAAAUUUCUGAAGCUCCUUGGCGACAUACGCAAAAAAAAAAAAUAGACGAAAAAGUUGUAAAAGAAAUUGAGGUUGAAGAUUGUAAAUGUGUAAGUUUGAAACCUACUCAACGUAUUGAGAAACUAAAAAAAUCUGAGGAAAAAAAGGAAAUUACAUUAAAAUCUACUGAACGUCGGCCAAAAGAUGAAACAAUAAUUAAAAAAGUUCAACUUGAACCGAUGUCGAAAGAAACAGCUGUGUUAAUGCCUCAGAAAGUUGAAGAACAAAUUGAUUCUGAAAAACCUGCAGAAAAAUCCGAAGUAUCAUGGCGUCGUAAAACUCAAGUACCAAAAGAAAAAAAGAUUACACGGGAAGAUGGAGAAUUAAAAGCUGUUGAUGAAAUUAAAGGAAUUUCUGGAGUAGAAGUAACUCAGCUAAAACCGGAAAAAGUAGAUGGAAAAAUCGUCAUCAAAGUAGGUGAGGUCGAAGAUUGGAAGUCUAUCAGUUUAAAACCAACAAAAAAAGAUGAUAGAGUUGAAAGAAUAAAUGAAAAAGAAGAGAUUACUUUGAAUUCUUUUAGACAAGGACAAAAGAAACAAGAUAUUACAGAUGAAAUUAAACUCAAGCCGAUUUCUCAUAAAGAAUUGUCUGAAGAAAAAAAAAUAGAGAAAGGUCUUGAACCGGUGCAAGAAGAGGUAAAGCCCGAAGAAAAACCGACAGAAAAAACUGAGCUUCCGUGGAUAAAAAGUGAAAAGAAAAAAAUUGUUCACAAGAAAGAAACUGUUGAUAAAACAUCAGAUGCUCAAAAGAUUCCUAAGACAGAAAUAAUCGAAACCAUGGAAGAAACGAAAGUUUCAAAGAGAAGACCCAAAAAAGUGGAAGAAAAGGAGAAACCAGAAGAAAUCAAAUUGAAACCAGUUCAAAGAAUUAAACCCGAAGAGGAGAAACCAGAAGAAAUUAAAUUGAAACCAGUUCAAAGAAUUAAACCCGAAGAGGAGAAACCAGAAGAAAUCAAAUUGAAACCAGUUCAAAGAAUUAAACCCGAAGAGGAGAAACCAGAAGAAAUUAAAUUGAAACCAGUUCAAAGAAUUAAACCCGAAGAGGAGAAACCAGAAGAAAUCAAAUUGAAACCAAUUCCACGAAAAUUGAAGUCAGAGAAACAGAAACCUGAAAAAGUCGAUUUACAACCUUUAUUUGUUGUUGAAAAAUUAGACAAACCUGAGCAACAAAAAUUUGUGGCUCCGUGGAGACGUGAACAAAAACCAAAGGAAGUCUUAGAAAUAAAGCCGGAAGAAAUAAGAAUAGUUGAAUUACCAGAAGAGGUUGUAACAGUUGAAAGUGAAGUGAUGUGUAUGACAAUUGAUCAAAAAUCAAAGAAAUCGAAAAAAGCAGUAGAAUUCAAAGAAGAAGUUGAAAUUGUUGCUAUAGACCAAGAGAAAGUUGUUCAUGAAGAGAAAAAGAUAGAGGAAAUCUCUGAAAUCAUUAAACCACAAGAAAUUACGGAUCAAGUUGAUGAGAUUAAAGAAGUUACUGAAAUAUCUUGGAGAAAAAAGAAAUCUUUACCUCAGAAAUCUAAAGAGUUAUCGGUAAACGUCGCGAAAAUUGAAGAAAAAGAGGAAGAAAAUGAGGUUAUUACCUUUAAUCGUGGAAAGAAAAUAAUAAAGUUAGACGAAGAAAUACCUGAAAAAAUAGUACUUAAGCCUGUCAAACAUGAGAAAAUUCCAGAAGAAAAACCAAUUGAAGAAUUACACUUGAAAGAUAUACCACAAAAAGAAAUGCCUAAAGAAAAAUGUGUACCUGUUGAAGUUAAACCUAUAUCAGAAAAGCCUGCAGAAAUCAUUAAAAAGUCUACAGAAGAUAUUACAAUAAUUAAGAAAAAGAAAACAAUGACAAUCGGUGAACCAAUAAUUAAGGAGAAAGAUAUAGCACCAAGAUUUAUUCAAAAACUUCAGCCAGUUAUAGUUGAGCCUAAAAAGUCUGCUAAAUUUACUUGCACUGUUGUUGGUACUCCUACACCUGCUAUUACAUGGUACAAAAAUGAGCAAGAACUCCAUGCAACUGAAAGAUAUGUUAUGACAGUCGUUGAAACAACUGCAUCAUUAGAAAUUGUUCAAGCAACUGAAGAAGAUGCUGGAAUGUAUACAUGUCGAGCUUCCAAUCGAGCUGGCAAUGCUUUCUCUACUGUAAACCUUAUUAUUUUCGAAAAAGAAGAAGAAGGCAUUGCUCCGCAUUUUAUCACACCGAUAAAGCCGUUGGUAGUUCAAGAACAUCAGCCAGCAAAAUUAAAGUGCAUUAUAACUGGUACACCAGCACCAGAGGUCAAGUGGUACAGAGGAGAGAGAGAAAUAAAACCACAAAAAGGAGUAGAAUUUACAUUCAAACCGGAAACCGGUGAAGCAAAAUUAACUAUUUUAGAACCUACACCUCAAGAUGAAGUAAUUUAUAGAGUUCAAGCGGUUAAUAAAUUUGGAAGAGCUGAAUGUCGGGCAAAUCUAAUUAUCAGCAAUGUUCCUAUUAUCUCUAAACCCCAAGUUCUUCAUGCUCCAAAAAUCACUAAACCUGUAGCAGCUAUAAUAGCUUAUAAAGGAAAAGAAUUUAGUCUCACUUCUGAAUAUGAAAGUACACCUAAACCCGAAGUUAAAUGGUUUAGAAAUGGUGUAGAAAUAACUCCAGCUGACAAUAAAGUAAUAAAAAUCUAUGAAAAUACAGCAGAAUUAACAGUUUCUGAUAUCACAAAAAAAGAUUCUGGAAAAUAUGAAAUUAGAGUUAAAAAUCCUGCUGGGGAGGUAAGGAGUUCAGGUUCAGUGACUGUAAAGGAACGUGAAGAAGUUGUUGAAGAAACUGAAGAGCAAAUAAAAGCCCCAAGAUUUAUAGAACCAAUAAGACCUCAGAUUGUAAACAUCGGAGAGGUUGUCAUUAUGGAGGCUACAAUAGAUUCUUAUCCUGCUGCUUCAUUCCAGUGGUUUUUUGAAAGCAAACCUUUGGAAAUUUCACCUGCAUUCAGAAUUGUUACAAAAGUAAAUCGAUCAGUAUUACUAAUAAAAGAAAUGAAACCGGAAAAUGCUGGUAGCUAUACUUGUAGAGCAGAGAAUGUUAUGGGUUCUAUUACUUGUACUGCUAGUAUAAACAUUUUGGAAACUACUUGGGAAGAAUCUACUGAAUUGGUUUCACCGACUUUUGUUAAGAAAUUAUCUCCAUUACGAGUAAUGGAUGGAGAAAGUGUAGACUUAACUUGUAUUUGUAAAGGUAAACCUACACCAAAGAUACAGUGGUUCCAUGAUGAAAAACCAAUCAAAGAAGGAAAAGAAAUAACAAUAUUCCAAGACUCCGAAGGUGUUUGUAGUCUUGCUAUUAACGAAGUUUUUCCUGAAGACGCUGGUGAAUAUACUUGUCGGGCUGUUAAUCCAGUUGGAGAGGCUGUCUGUACUACAUCACUUAUUGUUGAAGCUUAUGAAUAUGUUCCGGAUUCGGAAAUCGCUUCUUCAGCUAUUGCUACUUCACUAACUGGACAGAGUGGUUCCGAAGAAGAUCUUCUGUCUCCAAAAGAGAUACAACUUUCUGAUACUGACACUGAAGAGUUCGCUCCAAAGAUUGUUAAAUCACUUCCUCAACUGAUACCUACUAAAGACGGUGAACUAACUCGAUUGGAAGUCAAAGUGAAAGGGAAACCUAAGCCACAAGGAAAGUGGUAUAAACAAGGAAUUGAAAUCGUACCUUCACAAGAAUUCCAAAUAGAAGAGUUUGAAGAUGGAACUUCAGUCUUAACUAUAUCAGAAACUUAUCCGGAUGAUACUGGUGAAAUCAUUUUUGAAGCACAUAAUUCUUUAGGUGUUUCUACUACGACUACGUAUUUGUCAGUAGAAGGAAUUCUUGGAACAAAAGAGUACAGAAAACCAGAAUGGGUUACGCAUAUGGAAGAAAUGCAAGAAGCUUUGCGAGCAUCUCAACAAAUUCCACGGUUUAUUAAAGAACUCACUGAUAUAUAUGUUAAUGCUGGUCAGAAAGUAGUAUUUGAAGCGAUAUAUUCAGGAAAUCCUGCACCGAUUGUCGUUUGGUUUAAAAAUGAUAAAAUGGUGGCAAGUUCCGCUAAUGUUAAAAUAAGCCUUGAUGAAGAUAAAAAGAAAACAAUUUUAAUAAUUUUAAGAGCAUCACCUCAAGAUGAAGGAUUUUAUGUCUGUAAAGCUACAAGUGAUAUUGGAUUAGCAGUUACAAAAGCAAAAUUACGAGUCUCUGGUAUUUUAGAGGAAGCUCUAGAUGAUUGGCAAGUAGAACAGCCUGAAGAAAUACCGGAAGAAAAACCAAAAAAGAAAAAGAAACCAGAAACGAAAAAGGCCAAAGAAACAAAGGAAAAAAUAAAAGCUCUGAAAGUGAAAGUUGAAAAGAGAAAAGAAGCUCUUAAAGAAAAGGCUAUACCAAGUGAACAGUCUGAAGAAAAAAGCAUUGUAGAUGUUGAAGAAACACAAAUAUUGGAAACUACUGAAACUAUUAAACCUGAACAAUAUGAAGAAACAAAAGCUCAUCGUGUGAUUCUAAUUAAAGAACCAGUUAUAACUGAAGCGACAGCUUUAUUGAAGAAAGUAGAUCAGAAGACUCAGAAGAUUCAACCUAAACCCGAUGAUCGAGCUCGACCAAUUGUUGAGGAAGCAGAGGCAUUAGUUGUUUCAUCGGAAUUGGUUACUGAAGAUACUGUUACCGAUUUCAAAGUCGAGUCUACCUUUGAUCGAGCUCAAGUUACAUCUGAAACUUUUGAAACGGUUUCAGUAUCUGAAGUACAUACAGAAUCUAGUAUUCAAGAGCUAAAAAAAAUUGAUACGAAGACUAAAAGAGCUAAAAAGACCGUAGUGACGGCUGAAGAAGGUGUUAUUGAAGUUAAACAAGCACAAGUUGAAGAAUAUCUUGAAGAAAAACCAAAGAAAAAGAAGAAGGAAAGGAGACGUGAUAUCGUUGAGGUGACAGUUGAAGAGUAUAAGGAAACUUUACACCGAGCAGUUGAGGAAGUAAUGGAACUUGUUAAUGCAAAAGAAUUUGGUCCUGGGGAAUCCCCAUUGCGAGAAUUGGCAACUAUUGGAUUUUUAGUUCGUCAAGGAGUUCCUGUUAGUGAAAUUAAUGAAAGUUUGUAUAGAACUGAUCAAUUUCCUGCUUUAAGAACUCCAGAUGCGCAAAAUGCUUUAGUACAAUUAGUAGAAAGAAAAGGUCAUGGAGCCCUAAUUACUCAAGUACUCACUGAGGAAACAACAACUGAUGAAGCUUUCGUUGCUGCUACUGUUGGCUUCCGAGCGUUUAUGAGGAUGAUUGAACUUCAACAUACUACAGUUGAAGAAGUGAUUACACAUUUUGCACCAGAAGAUUUCCGACCAAGAGCUUGGGAAGUAACAGAAAUUACAGAGGCUGACGCGGAAGAACACGUUCUAGAAAGAGUAUCCGUUGUCCAAACUACUGAGGUCCGCGUAAUGGAGAGGCGUGAGGAGAAAAAAUCGAUUCUGAAGCAAGAUGUUCGCGAAAUUAAAGAAUACGAGGACACUCGGAAAGAACACGUUACACUGCAUAAAGAAAUAAAACCAGAAGAAUACGGGCCUCGUGUCAUUGAGGAUGUUGCGGAUAGGGAAAAACAGGAAAUUGAGGAAGAAAUAAUUGUUGUUGAAAGGGAUGAUAAGGGUAAAUUAAUUCAGAAAAACAUUCCGGAAGUAAAGAAAACAGAUGAAAAAGUAGCGAUAGUUGAAGAAGAAAUAAUUACAACAAAACGAACCUUUAAACCCAACAAGGAAAAAGAAAUUGAGAUAGAAAUUGAGGAGGAGGAGGAAGAAGAAGAAAUAAUUAAAGAAGGUGAAGAAAAACGUAACAAGAAAAUAAUUAAAGCAAGAAGAUCAAAGAAAGGUGUUGAUGAAAUCGAAUUUGAAGAAGUGGAAGAUUUGGAAACAAUUCAAGAUAAAGCAGUAAUGUCAAUACCAGUCAAUAUUUCUACUCAAAGUCAUGAAGUUGUUCCGAUAACAAGAACUGUUGAUCAAGCACCAGGAAAACCUGAAAUAGAGUCUGCUAAGUUGGCUUUGGACACUGUAAAUGCGUUAAUUGGAGCAUAUAUUCCAGUGCAAGAAAGUGAAAAUAACAUUGAUAAGUUUAAACCUGAAGAAAGAAAAGCUUCUCUGUCUAUUUCCCCUGUUGAACCUUAUUUAAUUACUGAAACAACUGUUCAAGGUUCACACGGAGAAUUAAAAGGUACUUUCAAACCUACUACAUAUGAAGCUAAAUCUGGAGUAGUGACAAAACCACAAGAAUGUCUUCAAAUCACAGAAACUCAUCCAAGUGAUGCUAAACUUACAGAAUUAAUAUUAAAACAUGCAUUAGCUACUCAAAAAGCAGAAAUGAGUGUAACUGUUCAAGAAGCGCCAACUAUCAUCGAGACUACAAUUAAUCAAAGUGAACUUCCAAUUGAAAAUUUUAUUACUCCCGCAACUGUUAAAGCUGAAAAUUCUGUUUUGCCAAAAGUUAGUUUAUCAAUAUAUGAAGUCAAUGAAGGAUAUACAGAAGAUAAUUUGAUAUCGCCAAAAACUAUUUCAGCAAAACCCAAAAUUAACAUUAGCCCUAUGGAGCCAUUAACUGUUGAACAAGUACAGACAGAAGAUAAACCAGGUAAAUAUUAUCCUGAACUAAUUGUGCCAACAGAAAUAGCAACAACCACUGUGAUAGCACAAAAACUUCUUGUUACUGAAGAGGUUUAUGCAACAGAAAAAGAAGGAGAAUACAUUCUUGGUAAACUUCCUAUAACACAAAAAGCUCAAGUAGGCGUUUCAGAAGGUGGCGAAGCUCUUAUAGUUGGAGAACAACCCAUUCAAGAAAUGGAAAGUGUCUUUAUUCCUGAGAAAAAAUUAGAUGGAUUUGAAGCUGAAACAAAUGUGAAUGUUUUGGAGAGCAUUACUGUUUCUACUAUAGAUGCUCAACAUCAAGAAGUCAGUUUAAUUAUCGAAGAAGCUAAAAAAGCUCAAGCUGAUUUCAAUGUUAUUGAAAAGACUUCUAUAUUUACUUUAGAAACAAUUACUUCAGAGUCAGAAUCUGAAUAUAAACCUGAUGAAAAACCUGUAGGGAAAAUUGCUGAUAGUUCUAUUCUUUCUCUUGAAAUUGGAAGUACAUCAAAUACAAUUGUUCAAGAAUCUGAAGGUGUUUACAGUGAACAAAUAAAACCUAAUUCUGCAAUUGCUGAAACAACCCUUAGAUCUGAAGAACACGUAAUGGUUUCUCAAAUAGAGACAGCAGAUGUACCUUCGAAAUUUACUGAUGACUUAAAAUAUGUUACAGAAAGGGGAACCGUUUCAGUUCAAUUAAUAGAAGCUAAAAUGGUACAUGAAACAUUCACUCAUGAUCGAGAAGAUAAAUUCAAUGAAUUAACAAAACCUGAAGAAAAAAUGGUUGAUUUUACUUUUGAUGCUAUAAAAGGUAUUCAAGUUUAUCAAACUACCUCGAUAGAUAAAGAAGGUAGUUUUCAAAUCUAUGAAAUGCCAGAAAGCCAUCGAGGAAAAAUUGUACCAACUCAUUCAAUAACUUCUGCUCAAGUCGAAGAAACCCAAUCUGAAGAUACUCUUGGACGUGUUAAAGAUUUAAUCCUGCAAACUGAAAAAGCCAGAAUCGAGCAUGAGAACUUAACUGAAACUAUCGUGGAUGUAACAGUUCUCGCAGAAGGCCUUAAGCCUGUAGAAAAAGAUAACAUACCAAAAUCUAAGUUUGCUCAAAUUGGAUUAAAUGAAAUAGAAAGUGUAAAAACGACUGAAAUUAUUGCGAAUGAAGCAGAAGAAGAAUUUAAAGAAGUACCUAAAUUUGAAACGUUUACAGCAACAACAGGACUUACAACACAAUCAGCUAUCGAAUUUCAAGAAAUCAGAACUGAAUCACCGACAGGAGAAUUCACUGAACAAACUCGAACUAGUGAAAGAGCUCAACCAUCAACUAUUCCUUUAGAAUCUAUUGCCAUUAAUGUUCAAGAAUUUGUAGAAAAAGAAGGAUCUUAUCAGAAAGAUAUUAAACCUGAUAGUAAAAUAGCAAAUAUUGAUUUAACUGAAACAAGACCUGGUGCAACUGUUCUUGAAAUUAUUAUUCACGAUACUGAAAAUGUAUAUCAUCCGGAACAAAAACCACAAGAUUUUGUGGCAACGAGUUCAGUUGAUAGUCGAACAAUUGCUACAAAAUCAGAAGUUUUAAUUGAACAAAGUGCUGGUAAAAUACUUGAAGAUAAGCCAACGACUGUAAAAGCAUUUGGAACUCAAGAAGCAUUUAACGAAUUAAUUAUUGUUGAAACAAACAUUGAUGAGACCGAAAAACCCAGACCUAAAGAAAUUACACCAUUGCAACAAAAAGCUCAAGUUGACGUGACAACAACAGAAAAUAUUUCUGUUAUAGAAGUUAUAGUAGUUGAUAAAGAAGAAAUUCUAAAAGCUCAAGAAGAAACAGAGAAAAAGAAAAUUAUGAUGAAUUUAACAUCAACUCAUACAGUUGCCCAAACUGAAGAAACAAUUAUAGCUAAUAAUAUUGAUUUAUUUUCUCAAAAAAAACCUAAAUCUGAAAGUGCAGUUUUACAUCAAAGUGGAUUAGAAAUUGCACAACAAACUGAAUUAACAGUCUCAGAAAAAGAAGCCAUACUUUCACAAGAUGUUACACCAGAAUUUAAAAAAAUUGAUGUUAGUUUUACAGAAGGUGAAGGUGUUCAAAUAUAUCUUAUUCAUCCUGAAGAUAAAGAGGGUGAUUUAAAAGAUAAAAUGAAGCCUAAAUCUGUUGAAGCAUCAGUAGAUUUUGAAGUUCAAAGUGUAGCAUCUAAAUAUGAAAUUUUAAGUGAUACAGGCAUAGGAGAAUUUACUCCUCAAGUUGUAGAAGAUGUAAAACCACGAACAAUUUUGAUGCCAUUUGAAACUGCAGUUGCAGAAGAAGUUCAAACACGAGAAACUGAAGUACCAUUUACUGAUAUAAAACCAGGCAAUAGAAUAGCAGAUAUGAUAUUUGAAAUCGGAGAAGGUGUAGUUGUAUCUUCAGUAGAAACUGGAGACAAAGAAAAACCCCUUGCAGAGAAUGAAAAACCAGAAAGUAAAUUGGCAAUUUGUUAUUUUACAUCUCAUCCAGUUGCGGAAGCAACUGAAAUGAUUCUUCAAGAUGGCAUUGGUAAUUUGAAGUCUGAAGUAGUACAACCAGCAACUGCAUCAAUCGAUCAUAUUGUUCACAAAAGUAUAACAACAACAGAAACUUCUACAGGUGAUCGAGUAGGAUUCAUAGACUCAUUUAUAAAACCCGAAGAGAAAAAAGUUGAUAUAGCAUUUGAAGAUACUCAAGUUGGUUUGAGUAUUACUGAAACUGUUACUUCGGAUCGAGAGAAAGAGUACGUCACAGAAGAAUAUAUUGAAAAACAAAAAGCUACUUUCAAUUUAGAUGCUCAUAAAGUAGCUGAACGUACUGAAAUUACAACUGCUUCAGGAAUCGAUGAAUUUAAGAAAGUUUGUCCAACAUCAGUAAUAGCUAAAGAAAAACAACUUUCAUUUGAAGGAGUUAUCCAAACAGAAAUAUUAGUAUCAGAGAAAGAAAAUGAAUUAAUUGAAAAGCCAACAAUUGCAGUAAAUAAAGCAGAAAUAACUAUAGGUGACCAAGGACACGUAACGAGUAUUUCUGAAGUAAUGGUAGCAGAUAGUGAAGAUUCACUAAAUUUAUCUGAAAAAUCAACAGAAAGAAAGGCUUUAGUAAAUAUUACUAGUCACACAGUUGCAGAGAAAAUAGAAACUAUAACAGAUACAAGUACUGGAAUACUAGAAGAACUAAAACCAGUUUAUGCAACUGCUAUGCUUUCUCAGCUUCCUUUAGAACCUAUCAUAAACACUGAAACUCAAUUAUCUGAGUUGGAAGGAAUACUCAGCAAAGAUAAAAAACCCACAACAGCUUUAGCUGAUUUAUCUGUGGUUGAAGGUUCAGGAUUAGAAGUUACAAUAACCACAACCGAGAAUAAAGAAGGAAUAUUCAAACCUAAAGAACUUCCUGAUACUCAAAUUGCGGACCGAGCAUUAACUGAAAGUCAUUUAGUAGCGCAAACUACUGAACAUAUUGUUGAUUUUAGUACUAAUGAUUUGAUUCGAGAAAAGAUAGAAACGUCUACAGCUAUUAUUGAUCAAAUGCUUGUAAAUUCACUAAUUAGUUCUCAAAUUAUUCCAGGCGAGACAGAAAAUCAAAUUAUUUCUGAUAUUAAACCUGACGAUCAUACAGCUACAAUUGAUGUGGAAGUUGGAAAAAGUAUUGCUACGAUCUCUCAAGUAAUAUCUGGAGAUAAAGAAAUGAUUCGUCUACCUGAAAUUUCACCUUCUAAAAAAUUAGCAUCUAUAGGUAUAGAUGCAGUCCAUGAAAUUGCUGAAGUUUCUAUGACUAAUGUUGAUUUUGCUCUUGGAGAUAUUAAGAAAGUACAAAUGAAUGAAGUAAAAGCUACUCCAAGCCAAGAAAUGUUUAGAAGUCUUUUGAUAUCUGAAGAAAUUGCUCAUGAUAAAGAAAAAGAUUUUGAUAAAAACUUUCUAGCUGAUAUUAAGAAAUUUGAUAUUACUAUUGAAGAAGAAAAACAAGUGACUACUAUAACAGAAGUUACAACUGGUGCAAAAGAAGAUGUUCUUGAGCAAUCUAUUAAACCGGAAAUGAAAUCAGCAAUUUCAACAUUAACAUCCGGUCACGAAGUUGCAGAGCAAUGUGAAAUCAUACCCGAGUUAUUUGCCGGCGAAGUAGAGGUUUUAUCAACAACAACAGCUAUUGCAAAAAUUAGUCAAAGACCUUACGAAACAGUAGGGUUAACAGCAGAGUUUUUGGCUGAACGAGAAGCUGAAAUAAAUGAUACAAAAAUGACAAAAUCCAUCGCUAAAGUAUCUCUUAACGAACAAAGUUCUGUUAUUAUUGAGACCACAAUAACUCAAGAUCUAGAGAGUGAAUUUUCUACUCCUAAAAAACCUAAAGAAGUUAUGGCGUCCUCAGCGAUUGAAACUAAAGAAGUAGUAGAACAAAGCGAAAUUACUCCUAGAGAAAAUAUUGAAGAGCUUAAAGUAUUAAAACCAACAUCAGCAGAAGCUAAAAAAUUACAAAAUAUUUUGGAAAGUGUAAAUGUCACUCAGGCAAUACCUGAAGAACUCGGUUUUGAAUUUAGUGAUAAGUUUAAACCCGAUCAAAAAAAUGCUGCUAUUUCAUUUGUUGAAGGAAAGAGUUUGACUAUUGAUGAAGUUAUAAUCCAAGACAAAGAAGAAGAUAUUACAGUAAGUAAAUAUAUUGAAGAAAUUGCCGGGGUAAAACUAACACAAAUAAGUCAAGAUGUUGCACAAACAACAGAAAUCAUCGCUAAUCAAAGUACAGGUGUAAUUUUGCCAUUUGAAAUUGAUCAGAAAACAGCCCAUACUAAGCAAGACACUUUAGAACCGAUGAUUGUCGAGGAAACUUCAACUAGAGAAACUGAAGGUACUUUUGUGAAUUACCUCAAAUCUAUUUUCAGUAAAGUUUUACCAACAUUUGAAGAAGACCAUAGUGUUUCUGUAACUGAAGUAACAUCUGGGGAAAAAGAAGAUAUUUUAGAAGAACAAAAAGUUAUUGAGUCUAGAACAGCGGAGAAAACAAUCAUUCCCCAGCACGGAAGCAUUUUAACAACGGUUACAGACUCACGAGUUGAUAUUAAAACUGAAGUGGAAACAGAAAAAAAAAUUCUGCAAAGUGCUGUACCAAUACAAGAUACAUUCGAAAGUAUAAUAGUCGCAGAAAAUAUAAUAGAAGAAAGUGAAAAUAUAUUUGAUAGAAAGUUUAAACCAAUAAUGAAAAAAGCCCAAGUAGAAAUUCAAGAAAUAAAACCUUUGCAUAUAUCCGAAACGAUGACUGAAUGUAGAGAGGAAACGUUUAUCGAAGUUCCUAAAAUUCAAGGAGUUCAAGCCAGCCCUGGAUUUAAUGUUUAUGAAGCAGCAGAAAAAUCCGAAAUUGAGACUAUUCAUAAUAUAAAUGAGUUAAAAAAUGAACGGACAGUGGAGUCGCAAGCAAUUCUAACUCAAAUGACAGUAGAAUCAUUAAUAGAAACGGAGAUAACGGUUGAUGAAAAAGAAGAUACUUUUCGAGAUCGGUUGAAACCUGAAAAACAAAAAGGAAAAACAAAAAUUGAAGGUCUAAGUACGGUUACAGUAACUGAAAUAAUUUCUGAUGAAAUUGAAGACAAGUUGGUUAUUGCAGAUAGACCAAAUGAUCACAAAGCAUUAACAAAUAUUUCUGAAAGAGAGGCUGCCGAAGUAACCGAAGUUGAAACUAUUCUAGGAGCUGAAGAAUUCAAAGAAUUUAAAAGACCGCGAGAAGUAAGAGGUAAACCACAGGUAGACACUUUGAUUUCAGUUAUUGUUAGUCAAACGGAAUCAAAUGAAACUGAAGAAAUUCUCCCGAAGCUUGAAGUACCGGUACAAAAAGGAGCUGUACCUGAUCUAGAUGCACGAGAAAUAGCUGAAAUAUCGGAAAUUGAAAUGAUUUUAUCAGUUGGAGAUUUCGUUAAGAUGAAAACACCAGAAAUACAAAAAGGUAGACCUGAUGUAGAGGAAUUCGUGCCAUUGAUGAUUUCUCAGAUUCUGACACACGAAACAGAAGAAGAAAUAACAUUUGCCGUGAAACCAGGAAUAAAAACAGCGCAAACAAGCCUUCAGAGUCAUGAAGUUGCAGAAACAUCAGAAAUAGAAACGUUGUAUAAUGCAGAAAAAUUACUUAAAGAUACAAUUCCUGAAGAAAAAAAGGGUACAAUAAACAUUAAUGAGAUGACUUCUGUCAUUGUAUCUCAAACAGUUUCUAGUGAAACUGAAAACACACUUCCAAGUCAAGAACAACCUAAAACAAAGACAGUUCAAAUGGAUAUAACAGGACAUGAUAUUGCAGAAACCUCACAGGUACUAGCAUUAUCGAGUUUUAAUGAAUUUUCAGCGGAAAAACCUGAUAAACAAAAAGGAAAACCAGCUGUCGAAGAACAAACAUCUCUCUUUGUAUCACAAACUUUGUCUAAUGAAUCUGAAACAGAAUUGCAAAAACUAGAUACACCCAAACUCAUGAGAGCAGAAAAAAGCUUAUUAGGACGAGAAAUAGCAGAGUUAUCAGAAGUAGAAACUCUGCACAGUAUUCAAGCAUUAGUUGGUGAACAGAUUCCUGACGAAAAAAAGGGUGUAAUUACUAUAGACGAAAUGGCACCUGUGAUUGUAUCUUAUACGGUGUCUGGAGAAAGUGAACAAACACUUCCAGAUUCAGAAAAACCAAGUAUAAAAAAGGCUCAGUCAGAAAUCACUAGUAGAAAUAUUGCUGAGACAACUCAAGUACUGCCUUUAAUAAGCUUCAAUGAAUUUAUUGAUUCUAAACCAGAAAGUUUUCAGGGAAAAUCUUUAGUUGAAGAAUUCACAUCGGUUAUAGUAUCACAAAUUGUAUCUAACGAAAUUGAAGAAGAAUUACUAAGUUCAGAGGUACCGUGGCUGAGGAAAGCAGACCAAAGCUUAUUAGGAAGAGAAAUAGCUGAAAAAUCAGAGACAGAAACAUUAUGUACCACUCUAAACUUAGAUGAGCAACAAUUACCUGACACAAAAAAAGGAACGAUUAUUUUAGAUGAAAAUAAAUCUAUUAUAGUAUCUCAGACAAUUUCCGAUGAACAUGAAGAAAUUUUUAAAGGUCAAGAAAAGCUGAACACAAAAUUAGCCCACUCAGAUAUUCUUGGAAGAGACGUUGCCGAGGUUACCGAAACACUUACCUUAACAAAUUUUGAUGAAUUUAUUGAUAAGAAACUUGAAAAACAUACGGGGAAAUAUGGUGUCGAAGCCUGCACUUCAGUAGAAAUAUCGCAAGUCUUUUCUAAUGAAAUUGAAAAAGAUUUACCGAGUUCUGAAGCACCUAAGAAAACGACAGCUGAACUAAGCUUGUUCGGCAGAGAAAUAGCACAAAAAACGGAAAUUGAAACAUUUUUGUGUACUCAAACAUUAGAUACAGAUGUUAUACCAGAAGAAAAGAAGGGAAUCAUUACGAUUGAUGAAGUAUCAUCAGUUGCCGUAUUUCAAACUAUAUCAGGUGAAGUCGAGGAGCGCCUAUCACGUACGCAACAACCCAGCACUAGAACUCUUGAAGCCAAAAUAUCUGGACAUAAAGUUGCUGAAACCUCGCAAAUUUUAACGAUGGCAAGCUAUAAUGAACUAUUGAAAGAAACACCGAUUCAACAAAAAGGACAACCCGCUAUUGAAGAAUUAACAUCAAUAGCAGUAUCACAAAUUAUUUCUAAUGAAGUUGAAGAAAAAUUAGCUACUAUUGAAAUGCCAGAACGAAAAGUAGCUGGAACAAGCCUUCAGAGUCAUGAAGUUGCAGAAACAUCAGAAAUAGAAACGUUGUAUAAUGCAGAAAAAUUACUUAAAGAUACAAUUCCUGAAGAAAAAAAAGGUACAAUAAACAUUAAUGAGAUGACUUCUGUCAUUGUAUCUCAAACAGUUUCUAGUGAAACUGAAAACACACUUCCAAGUCAAGAACAACCUAAAACAAAGACAGUUCAAAUGGAUAUAACAGGACAUGAUAUUGCAGAAACCUCACAGGUACUAGCAUUAUCGAGUUUUAAUGAAUUUUCAGCGGAAAAACCUGAUAAACAAAAAGGAAAACCAGCUGUCGAAGAACAAACAUCUCUCUUUGUAUCACAAACUUUGUCUAAUGAAUCUGAAACAGAAUUGCAAAAACUAGAUACACCCAAACUCAUGAGAGCAGAAAAAAGCUUAUUAGGACGAGAAAUAGCAGAGUUAUCAGAAGUAGAAACUCUGCACAGUAUUCAAGCAUUAGUUGGUGAACAGAUUCCUGACGAAAAAAAGGGUGUAAUUACUAUAGACGAAAUGGCACCUGUGAUUGUAUCUUAUACGGUGUCUGGAGAAAGUGAACAAACACUUCCAGAUUCAGAAAAACCAAGUAUAAAAAAGGCUCAGUCAGAAAUCACUAGUAGAAAUAUUGCUGAGACAACUCAAGUACUGCCUUUAAUAAGCUUCAAUGAAUUUAUUGAUUCUAAACCGAUAGAACAAACAGGAACUUUUAAAAUCGAUGAAUUAACUUCUACAACAGUCACUCAAGUUCUUGUGAGUGAAAAAGAAAUAGAAAUACCACUUUUAGAAAAUCCAUCGACGAAAACCGCACUAUUUGAUAUCACUAGUCAUGGAAUUAUAGAGACAACGCAAACUAUGACACUAUCAACCACUGGUGAAUUUAUCGCGGACACAUUGCCCGAAGUAAAAAAAGGAAUAGAAAAACUUGACGAAAUGAGUUCACUAAUAGUAUCACAAACAAUUUCUAAUGAAGAUACACAUCAACUUCCGUCUGCAACAGCACCAAUAAGUGGAACAGCAGAAAGUGAAAUUUUGGGUCACGAUGUUGCAGAAACAAUGCAAGUAACAGCACUCAAUAAUAUUAAAACAUUCGAGAAAGAAAUCAUGGAGACACAGAAAAGUACAACUACGUUUGAAGUAUUGAAACCAUUGGUAAUAUCGCAUGUUCUUUCGAAUGAAAUGGAAAACGAAAUAUGGAACAUUGAUAGACCAGAAGAAAAAACAGCGAGACAAAAGAUCACAAGUCAUGAAAUUGCGGAAAAAUCACAAGUAAUAACAUUGUCCAGUACUGAAGACUUAAUGGAAAUUCAAGCGCCAGAAACAAGAAAAGGCAAGCGGGUAAUCCAAGAAAUAACACCAUUAAUGAUUUCGCAAACUAUCUCAACAGAACGCGAGACAUUUCUGCCAGAGAUGGAGAAACGAUCUCCUAGAACUGCAAAGCCGAGUGUUCUAGGACAAGACGUCGCGGAAAAAACACAAAUAAUAACAUUAUCAGAAUCACAAGAAUUACAAUUACCAACAUAUGAAGAAAAAAGAGGAAAACUUGGAAUAGAAGAAUUGUCGUCAGUUAUUGUAUGUCAGGUAACAUCGAACGAAACUGAAGACAAAUUACAUACCCUUCAGCAACCUGAAAACAAAAGAGUGAAAUCCAAAGUGAUAGAGCUUGAUACAGGCAGAUCCGUAAACGUUACAACAGAACACAGUAUUAAACACAGCACCGCUAAGGAAGACAGAACUCAACAGAAGGAACAACAACCAGCGGAACAUAGUGAAACACCAAAAAAGAUCACCAACGACAGUAAAAUACCAAUUACACAUGCGACAACAAACAACAAUGACAUAAUCACACAACAACACACAAAUUCAAUUAAGGAAACAUCCAAACCAAGAUUAGUCAAACACAAAGGAGAAGAGAUAAGAGAACUUCAAGACGCUGAAGAGCAAACAGUUGAAGAAGAUGGCAAAGAACCGGUCGCUACAACUGUUGAAAGACCUGAAGAAAUAACAAUAACUGAUGAAACUACUGAUGACCUUCCAGCUGUUGAAAUGGUCACUCCUACCGAAAAUGUCGAGGUACGAGAACUCGUAUCAGUUACUCACGAAACAACUAAAACAGGCAAGCCUAGGAAAGUCACCAAGAAAAAGAUUGUACGUAAGAAGGGUGACCAAGUGCAAGUAACUGAAGAGCAGACAGUUGAGGAAGAUGGCAAAGAACCGGUUACCACAACUGUUGAGAGACCUGAAGAAGUGACCAUAACUGAUGAAACUACUGAUGGCCUUCCAGCUGUUGAAAUGGUCACUCUUGCCGAAAAUGUCGAGGUCCAAGAACUAGUAACAGUUACUCACGAAACAACAACAACUGGCAAGCCUAGAAAAGUCACCAAGAAAAAGAUUGUACGUAAGAAGGGUGACAAAGUGCAGGUAACUGAAGAGCAGACAGUUGAGGAAGAUGGCAAAGAGCCGGUUACCACGACUGUUGAGAGACCUGAAGAAGUGACCAUAACUGAUGAAACUACUGAUGACCUUCCAGCUGUUAAAAUGGUCACUCCUACCGAAAAUGUCGAGGUCCAAGAACUAGUAACAGUUACUCACGAAACAACUAAAACAGGCAAGCCUAGAAAAGUCACCAAGAAAAAGAUUGUACGUAAGAAGGGUGACCAAGUGCAAGUAACUGAAGAGCAAACAGUUGAGGAAGAUGGCAAAGAGCCAGUCACUACAACUGUUGAUAGACCUGAAGAAGUGACCAUAACUGAUGAAACUACUGAUGACCUUCCAGCUGUUAAAAUGGUCACUCCUACCGAAAAUGUCGAGGUCCAAGAACUAGUAACAGUUACUCACGAAACAACUAAAACAGGCAAGCCUAGGAAAGUCACCAAGAAAAAGAUUGUACGUAAGAAGGGUGACCAACUGCAAGUAACUGAAGAGCAAACAGUUGAGGAAGAUGGCAAAGAGCCAGUCACUACAACUGUUGAGAGACCUGAAGAAGUGACCAUAACUGAUGAAACUACUGAUGACCUUCCAGCUGUUAAAAUGGUCACUCCUACCGAGAAUGUCGAGGUCCAAGAACUAGUAACAGUUACUCACGAAACAACUAAAACAGGCAAGCCUAGGAAAGUCACCAAGAAAAAGAUUGUACGUAAGAAGGGUGACCAACUGCAAGUAACUGAAGAGCAAACAGUUGAGGAAGAUGGCAAAGAGCCAGUCACUACAACUGUUGAUAGACCUGAAGAAGUGACCAUAACUGAUGAAACUACUGAUGACCUUCCAGCUGUUGAAAUGGUCACUCCUACCGAGAAUGUCGAGGUCCAAGAACUAGUAACAGUUACUCACGAAACAACUAAAACAGGCAAGCCUAGGAAAGUCACCAAGAAAAAGAUUGUACGUAAGAAGGGUGACCAAGUGCAAGUAACUGAAGAGCAAACAGUUGAGGAAGAUGGCAAAGAGCCAGUCACUACAACUGUUGAUAGACCUGAAGAAGUGACCAUAACUGAUGAAACUACUGAUGACCUUCCAGCUGUUAAAAUGGUCACUCCUACCGAAAAUGUCGAGGUUCAAGAACUAGUAACAGUUACGCACGAAACAACAAAAACAGGCAAGCCUAAAAGAGUCACUAAGAAAAAGAUUGUACGCAAAAAAGGUGACAAAGUGCAGGUAACUGAAGAGCAGACAGUUGAGGAAGAUGGCAAAGAACCGGUUACCACAACUGUUGUUAUACCUGAAGAAGUAACAAUAACUGAUGAAACUACUGAUGACCUUCCAGCUGUUAAAAUGGUCACUCCUACCGAAAAUGUCGAGGUCCAAGAACUAGUAUCAGUUACUCACGAAACAACAAAAACAGGCAAGCCUAGGAAAGUCACCAAGAAAAAGAUUGUACGCAAAAAAGGUGACAAAGUGCAAGUAACUGAAGAGCAAACAGUUGAGGAAGAUGGCAAAGAGCCAGUCACUACAACUGUUGAUAGACCUGAAGAAGUGACCAUAACUGAUGAAACUACUGAUGACCUUCCAGCUGUUAAAAUGGUCACUCCUACCGAAAAUGUCGAGGUCCAAGAACUAGUAACAGUUACUCACGAAACAACUAGAACAGGCAAGCCUAGAAAAGUCACCAAGAAAAAGAUUGUACGUAAGAAGGGUGACCAACUGCAAGUAACUGAAGAGCAAACAGUUGAGGAAGAUAGCAAAGAGCCGGUUACCACAACUGUUGAGAGACCUGAAGAACUGACAAUAACUGAUGAAACUACUGAUGACCUUCCAGCUGUUAAGAUGGUCACUCCUACCGAAAAUGUCGAGGUCCAAGAACUAGUAACAGUUACGCACGAAACAACAAAAACAGGCAAGCCUAAAAGAGUCACUAAGAAAAAGAUUGUACGCAAAAAAGGUGACAAAGUGCAGGUAACUGAAGAGCAGACAGUUGAGGAAGAUGGCAAAGAGCCGGUUACCACGACUGUUGAUAGACCUGAAGAAGUGACCAUAACUGAUGAAACUACUGAUGACCUUCCAGCUGUUAAAAUGGUCACUCCUACCGAAAAUGUCGAGGUCCAAGAACUAGUAACAGUUACUCACGAAACAACUAAAACAGGCAAGCCUAGAAAAGUCACCAAGAAAAAGAUUGUACGCAAAAAAGGUGACAAAGUGCAGGUAACUGAAGAGCAGACAGUUGAGGAAGAUGGCAAAGAACCGGUUACCACAACUGUUGUUAUACCUGAAGAAGUAACAAUAACUGAUGAAACUACUGAUGACCUUCCAGCUGUUAAAAUGGUCACUCCUACCGAAAAUGUCGAGGUCCAAGAACUAGUAUCAGUUACUCACGAAACAACAAAAACAGGCAAGCCUAGGAAAGUCACCAAGAAAAAGAUUGUACGCAAAAAAGGUGACAAAGUGCAAGUAACUGAAGAGCAAACAGUUGAGGAAGAUGGCAAAGAGCCAGUCACUACAACUGUUGAUAGACCUGAAGAAGUGACCAUAACUGAUGAAACUACUGAUGACCUUCCAGCUGUUAAAAUGGUCACUCCUACCGAAAAUGUCGAGGUCCAAGAACUAGUAACAGUUACUCACGAAACAACUAGAACAGGCAAGCCUAGGAAAGUCACCAAGAAAAAGAUUGUACGUAAGAAGGGUGACCAACUGCAAGUAACUGAAGAGCAAACAGUUGAGGAAGAUAGCAAAGAGCCGGUUACCACAACUGUUGAGAGACCUGAAGAACUGACAAUAACUGAUGAAACUACUGAUGACCUUCCAGCUGUUAAGAUGGUCACUCCUACCGAAAAUGUCGAGGUCCAAGAACUAGUAACAGUUACGCACGAAACAACAAAAACAGGCAAGCCUAAAAGAGUCACUAAGAAAAAGAUUGUACGCAAAAAAGGUGACAAAGUGCAGGUAACUGAAGAGCAGACAGUUGAGGAAGAUGGCAAAGAGCCGGUUACCACGACUGUUGAUAGACCUGAAGAAGUGACCAUAACUGAUGAAACUACUGAUGACCUUCCAGCUGUUAAGAUGGUCACUCCUACCGAAAAUGUCGAGGUCCAAGAACUAGUAACAGUUACGCACGAAACACCAAAAACAGGCAAGCCUAAAAGAGUCACUAAGAAAAAGAUUGUACGCAAAAAAGGUGACAAAGUGCAGGUAACUGAAGAGCAGACAGUUGAGGAAGAUGGCAAAGAGCCGGUUACCACGACUGUUGAGAGACCUGAAGAAGUGACCAUAACUGAUGAAACUACUGAUGACCUUCCAGCUGUUGAAAUGGUCACUCCUACCGAGAAUGUCGAGGUCCAAGAACUAGUAACAGUUACUCACGAAACAACUAAAACAGGCAAGCCUAGGAAAGUCACCAAGAAAAAGAUUGUACGUAAGAAGGGUGACCAAGUGCAAGUAACUAAAGAGCAAACAGUUGAGGAAGAUAGCAAAGAGCCAGUUACUACAACUGUUGAGAGACCUGAAGAAGUAACAAUAACUGAUGAAACUACUGAUGGCCUUCCAGCUGUUGAAAUGGUCACUCCUACCGAAAAUGUCGAGGUACGAGAACUCGUAUCAGUUACUCACGAAACAACAAAAACAGGCAAGCCUAGAAAAGUCACCAAGAAAAAGAUUGUACGUAAGAAGGGUGACCAAGUGCAAGUAACUGAAGAGCAAACAGUUGAGGAAGAUAGCAAAGAGCCGGUUACCACAACUGUUGAGAGACCUGAAGAACUGACAAUAACUGAUGAAACUACUGAUGACCUUCCAGCUGUUAAAAUGGUCACUCCUACCGAGAAUGUCGAGGUCCAAGAACUAGUAACAGUUACGCACGAAACAACAAAAACAGGCAAGCCUAGAAAAGUCACUAAGAAAAAGAUUGUACGCAAAAAAGGUGACAAAGUGCAGGUAACUGAAGAGCAGACAGUUGAGGAAGAUGGCAAAGAGCCGGUUACCACGACUGUUGAGAGACCUGAAGAAGUGACCAUAACUGAUGAAACUACUGAUGACCUUCCAGCUGUUGAAAUGGUCACUCCUACCGAGAAUGUCGAGGUCCAAGAACUAGUAACAGUUACUCACGAAACAACUAAAACAGGCAAGCCUAGGAAAGUCACCAAGAAAAAGAUUGUACGUAAGAAGGGUGACCAAGUGCAAGUAACUGAAGAGCAAACAGUUGAGGAAGAUAGCAAAGAGCCAGUCACUACAACCGUUGAGAGACCUGAAGAAGUGACAAUAACUGAUGAAACUACUGAUGGCCUUCCAGCUGUUGAAAUGGUCACUCCUACCGAAAAUGUCGAGGUACGAGAACUCGUAUCAGUUACUCACGAAACAACAAAAACAGGCAAGCCUAGAAAAGUCACCAAGAAAAAGAUUGUACGUAAGAAGGGUGACCAAGUGCAAGUAACUGAAGAGCAGACAGUUGAGGAAGAUGGCAAAGAACCGGUUACCACAACUGUUGAUAUACCUGAAGAAGUAACAAUAACUGAUGAAACUACUGAUGACCUUCCAGCUGUUGAAAUGGUCACUCCUACCGAGAAUGUCGAGGUCCAAGAACUAGUAACAGUUACGCACGAAACAACAAAAACAGGCAAGCCUAGAAAAGUCACUAAGAAAAAGAUUGUACGCAAAAAAGGUGACAAAGUGCAGGUAACUGAAGAGCAGACAGUUGAGGAAGAUGGCAAAGAGCCGGUUACCACGACUGUUGAGAGACCUGAAGAAGUGACCAUAACUGAUGAAACUACUGAUGACCUUCCAGCUGUUGAAAUGGUCACUCCUACCGAGAAUGUCGAGGUCCAAGAACUAGUAACAGUUACUCACGAAACAACUGAAACAGGCAAGCCUAGGAAAGUCACCAAGAAAAAGAUUGUACGUAAGAAGGGUGACCAAGUGCAAGUAACUAAAGAGCAAACAGUUGAGGAAGAUAGCAAAGAGCCAGUUACUACAACUGUUGAGAGACCUGAAGAAGUAACAAUAACUGAUGAAACUACUGAUGGCCUUCCAGCUGUUGAAAUGGUCACUCCUACCGAAAAUGUCGAGGUACGAGAACUCGUAUCAGUUACUCACGAAACAACAAAAACAGGCAAGCCUAGAAAAGUCACCAAGAAAAAGAUUGUACGUAAGAAGGGUGACCAAGUGCAAGUAACUGAAGAGCAGACAGUUGAGGAAGAUGGCAAAGAACCGGUUACCACAACUGUUGAUAUACCUGAAGAAGUAACAAUAACUGAUGAAACUACUGAUGACCUUCCAGCUGUUGAAAUGGUCACUCCUACCGAGAAUGUCGAGGUUCAAGAACUAGUAACAGUUACGCACGAAACAACAAAAACAGGCAAGCCUAAAAGAGUCACUAAGAAAAAGAUUGUACGCAAAAAAGGUGACAAAGUGCAGGUAACUGAAGAGCAGACAGUUGAGGAAGAUGGCAAAGAGCCGGUUACCACGACUGUUGAUAGACCUGAAGAAGUGACCAUAACUGAUGAAACUACUGAUGACCUUCCAGCUGUUGAAAUGGUCACUCCUACCGAAAAUGUCGAGGUCCAAGAACUAGUAACAGUUACUCACGAAACAACUAAAACAGGCAAGCCUAGGAAAGUCACCAAGAAAAAGAUUGUACGUAAGAAGGGUGACCAAGUGCAAGUAACUGAAGAGCAAACAGUUGAGGAAGAUAGCAAAGAGCCAGUCACUACAACUGUUGAGAGACCUGAAGAAGUGACCAUAAAUGAUGAAACUACUGAUGGCCUUCCAGCUGUUGAAAUGGUCACUCCUACCGAAAAUGUCGAGGUACGAGAACUCGUAUCAGUUACUCACGAAACAACAAAAACAGGCAAGCCUAGAAAAGUCACCAAGAAAAAGAUUGUACGUAAGAAGGGUGACCAAGUGCAAGUAACUGAAGAGCAGACAGUUGAGGAAGAUGGCAAAGAACCGGUUACCACAACUGUUGAUAUACCUGAAGAAGUAACAAUAACUGAUGAAACUACUGAUGACCUUCCAGCUGUUGAAAUGGUCACUCCUACCGAGAAUGUCGAGGUUCAAGAACUAGUAACAGUUACGCACGAAACAACAAAAACAGGCAAGCCUAAAAGAGUCACUAAGAAAAAGAUUGUACGCAAAAAAGGUGACAAAGUGCAGGUAACUGAAGAGCAGACAGUUGAGGAAGAUGGCAAAGAGCCGGUUACCACGACUGUUGAUAGACCUGAAGAAGUGACCAUAACUGAUGAAACUACUGAUGACCUUCCAGCUGUUGAAAUGGUCACUCCUACCGAGAAUGUCGAGGUCCAAGAACUAGUAACAGUUACUCACGAAACAACUAAAACAAACAAGCCUAGGAAAGUCACCAAGAAAAAGAUUGUACGUAAGAAGGGUGACCAAGUGCAAGUAACUGAAGAGCAAACAGUUGAGGAAGAUAGCAAAGAGCCAGUCACUACAACUGUUGAGAGACCUGAAGAAGUGACCAUAACUGAUGAAACUACUGAUGGCCUUCCAGCUGUUGAAAUGGUCACUCCUACCGAAAAUGUCGAGGUACGAGAACUCGUAUCAGUUACUCACGAAACAACAAAAACAGGCAAGCCUAGAAAAGUCACCAAGAAAAAGAUUGUACGUAAGAAGGGUGACCAAGUGCAAGUAACUGAAGAGCAGACAGUUGAGGAAGAUGGCAAAGAACCGGUUACCACAACUGUUGAGAGACCUGAAGAAGUGACCAUAACUGAUGAAACUACUGAUGACCUUCCAGCUGUUAAAAUGGUCACUCCUACCGAAAAUGUCGAGGUCCAAGAACUAGUAACAGUUACUCACGAAACAACAACAACUGGCAAGCCUAGAAAAGUCACUAAGAAAAAGAUUGUACGCAAAAAAGGUGACAAAGUGCAGGUAACUGAAGAGCAAACAGUUGAGGAAGAUGGCAAAGAGCCGGUUACCACGACUGUUGUUAUACCUGAAGAAGUAACAAUAACUGAUGAAACUACUGAUGACCUUCCAGCUGUUAAAAUGGUCACUCCUACCAAAGAUGUCGAGGUCCAAGAACUAGUAUCAGUUACUCACGAAACAACAAAAACAGGCAAGCCUAAAAGAGUCACUAAGAAAAAGAUUGUACGCAAAAAAGGUGACAAAGUGCAGGUAACUGAAGAGCAGACAGUUGAGGAAGAUGGCAAAGAGCCGGUUACCACGACUGUUGAUAGACCUGAAGAAGUGACCAUAACUGAUGAAACUACUGAUGACCUUCCAGCUGUUGAAAUGGUCACUCCUACCGAGAAUGUCGAGGUCCAAGAACUAGUAACAGUUACUCACGAAACAACUAAAACAGGCAAGCCUAGGAAAGUCACCAAGAAAAAGAUUGUACGUAAGAAGGGUGACCAAGUGCAAGUAACUGAAGAGCAAACAGUUGAGGAAGAUAGCAAAGAGCCAGUCACUACAACUGUUGAGAGACCUGAAGAAGUGACCAUAAAUGAUGAAACUACUGAUGACCUUCCAGCUGUUGAAAUGGUCACUCCUACCGAAAAUGUCGAGGUACGAGAACUCGUAUCAGUUACUCACGAAACAACAAAAACAGGCAAGCCUAGAAAAGUCACCAAGAAAAAGAUUGUACGUAAGAAGGGUGACCAAGUGCAAGUAACUGAAGAGCAGACAGUUGAGGAAGAUGGCAAAGAACCGGUUACCACAACUGUUGAUAUACCUGAAGAAGUAACAAUAACUGAUGAAACUACUGAUGACCUUCCAGCUGUUGAAAUGGUCACUCCUACCGAGAAUGUCGAGGUUCAAGAACUAGUAACAGUUACGCACGAAACAACAAAAACAGGCAAGCCUAAAAGAGUCACUAAGAAAAAGAUUGUACGCAAAAAAGGUGACAAAGUGCAGGUAACUGAAGAGCAGACAGUUGAGGAAGAUGGCAAAGAGCCGGUUACCACGACUGUUGAUAGACCUGAAGAAGUGACCAUAACUGAUGAAACUACUGAUGACCUUCCAGCUGUUGAAAUGGUCACUCCUACCGAGAAUGUCGAGGUCCAAGAACUAGUAACAGUUACUCACGAAACAACUAAAACAGGCAAGCCUAGGAAAGUCACCAAGAAAAAGAUUGUACGUAAGAAGGGUGACCAAGUGCAAGUAACUGAAGAGCAAACAGUUGAGGAAGAUAGCAAAGAGCCAGUCACUACAACUGUUGAGAGACCUGAAGAAGUGACCAUAACUGAUGAAACUACUGAUGGCCUUCCAGCUGUUGAAAUGGUCACUCCUACCGAAAAUGUCGAGGUACGAGAACUCGUAUCAGUUACUCACGAAACAACAAAAACAGGCAAGCCUAGAAAAGUCACCAAGAAAAAGAUUGUACGUAAGAAGGGUGACCAAGUGCAAGUAACUGAAGAGCAGACAGUUGAGGAAGAUGGCAAAGAACCGGUUACCACAACUGUUGAUAGACCUGAAGAAGUGACCAUAACUGAUGAAACUACUGAUGACCUUCCAGCUGUUAAAAUGGUCACUCCUACCGAAAAUGUCGAGGUCCAAGAACUAGUAACAGUUACUCACGAAACAACAACAACUGGCAAGCCUAGUAAAGUCACUAAGGAAAAGAUUGUACGCAAAAAAGAUGACAAAGUGCAGGUAACUGAAGAGCAAACAGUUGAGGAAGAUGGCAAAGAACCGGUUACCACAACUGUUGUUAUACCUGAAGAAGUAACAAUAACUGAUGAAACUACUGAUGACCUUCCAGCUGUUAAAAUGGUCACUCCUACCAAAGAUGUCGAGGUCCAAGAACUAGUAUCAGUUACUCACGAAACAACAAAAACAGGCAAGCCUAGGAAAGUCACCAAGAAAAAGAUUGUACGUAAGAAGGGUGACCAAGUGCAAGUAACUGAAGAGCAAACAGUUGAGGAAGAUGGCAAAGAACCGGUUACCACAACUGUUGAUAUACCUGAAGAAGUAACAAUAACUGAUGAAACUACUGAUGACCUUCCAGCUGUUGAAAUGGUCACUCCUACCGAGAAUGUCGAGGUUCAAGAACUAGUAUCAGUUAUUCGGGAAACAACUAAAACAGGCAAGCCUAGAAAAGUCACCAAGAAAAAGAUUGUACGCAAAAAAGGUGACAAAGUGCAGGUAACUGAAGAGCAAACAGUUGAAGAUGAUAGCAAAGAACCGGUUACCACAACUGUUGAGAGACCUGAAGAAGUGACCAUAACUGAUGAAACUACUGAUGGCCUUCCAGCUGUUGAAAUGGUCACUCUUUCCGAAAAUGUCGAGGUCCAAGAACUAGUAACAGUUACUCACGAAACAACAACAACUGGCAAGCCUAGAAAAGUCACCAAGAAAAAGAUUGUACGUAAGAAGGGUGACAAAGUGCAGGUAACUGAAGAGCAAACAGUUGAAGAAGAUGGCAAAGAACCGGUCACUACAACUGUUGAAAGACCUGAAGAAGUGACAAUAACUGAUGAAACCACUGAUGAUCUUCCGUCCGUUGAAAUGGUCACUCCUACCGAGAAUGUCGAGGUCCGUAAGAAGGGCGUUCUACAGCGGGUUACCGAGAUCUUGCAAGCUCAUGAUAAGAUCGAUGCUUAUGCUUCUGGAGAAUCUGUCUUCUUAUCACACCCAAUACAUAUUAGCACACUUACACAUACACAACCAACACUUCUUAUUGAUGACAUUGUUUUUGUCGAAGGUAUCGCUGAGGUUACCGAACAAGAGGAUCUUAUCAAAAUUGUGGAAGACAAGAAGGACGGAAUUAAAUCUCGUGAUCAACAAGCAGUCGCUAUUCAUAUUUUAAAUAAAGAUCUUGUCCAAUUCGAACAUAAUAACAAUGUUUUCCAAGAUUUCCCUGAAGAAAUUGGUUUGUCAAUGCCUACUAUUGAAGUGGCUAAUAUAACAAUCGAAGAACUCCUCUUUGCUGAAGUGCGUGAAGUCGAAGUUUUGAAAGUGACCGAAACCCCAAAAUUAAGGGUUACAAAAAAACGGAAACCAGCAACUAAAAACCAACCUGAAGAAAUCGUUGAAGAAAUAGUUCAUAAAUCACCAGAAGAAAGUGCUCUUCUGGAAGGUCAAAAAAUUGUAGAAGUUAGUGAAACCCCAACUGAAAUUGUAAUCCGACGUAAGUCAAAUGCUUCUCAAAGUGGCGUUCCUGAAGAAAUGAUCGAUGAAGUUAUAAUACCGAAGUUUCAUACAGAAAAAGCGACGUCUAUUAUAGAUUACCUUCAAACAGUGAAAAUUACUGAAGUCGAUGUUCUUCAAGGACCAGUUGAGGAAACUAUAAUUGAAUCGAUAGAAACUCCUUCGGCGGUUGUUUUAAAGAAGAAACGAAAGUUGACAAAUAAAAACGAGCCAGAGGAAAUUGUUGAAGAAGUAAGACUUAAAUCGAAAGAGGAGAGAGAAAUUAUGGAAAAUAAGAAAAUUCUUGCAAUUAUUGAUACACCAGAAAAGAAAUUGAUUAAGAUAAAAAAAGCUCUGAUCGAUAAUGAGGGCAUUGAUGACGAAUGUACUGAAGAAAUAGUAAUUUAUAAACCAAAAGAAGAAUCAGCUACAAGUAUUGUUGACGAUCUGAAAACUGCAAAAAUGAUUGAAACAGAAAUUUUACAAGCUCCAGCUGGAGAAAAAGUUGUUGUUAUAGUUGAAACACCCACCAAGAAAAUAGUUAAAACCCGGAAGCCAAUUCAGGAAGACAAACCUGUGGAAAUUAUCGAAGAAAUUAUUCUUAAGCCAGUUGAAGAAUCCAUUGCUAUGGAAGAGCAACAGAUUAUUGAAAUCACUGAAACGCCAACUAAAAAAAUCAUCAAACGAAAAUUACCAAUCCUUCAAGAGAGGUUUGUAACGGAAGAAGGUCUUGAAGAAAUCGUUUUAACAAAACCGAACCAAAUGAGUGCUACUGAAACUAUUGAUAAUUUCGAUAUCGCUACUAUGACUGAAACAGAAGUAAUUGAAGUAAUCGAAACGCCGGAAAAAAGGAUUGUUAAAAAGAAAAAACCAUCUACGAAAAAAAAAGGUGAAGAAGUUGUUGAAGAGGUGAUAGGUAAGCCUCACGAUGAAACUAUAUCAAUGGAAGAACAACAGAUUGUUAAAAUCGUUGAAACACCUGAAAAAACGGUUAUCAAAAAGAGAAUUGCUAUUUGCAAAGACGACCAAGUACCUGGAGAAACUGUUGAAGAAAUCGUUUUAUUAAAACCAAAACCACAACAGGUUUCUCCAAUUGUUGAAGAAUUAGAGACAGUAAACAAUUCACAAGUAGAAAUUAUUGAAGUUAUCGAAACCCCAAAAACACGGAUUACUAGGAAGAAACAAGUAGAGAAGCCUCAAGUAAUUUCUGAAGAAAUUACACAAAAAACUGAUGAAGAAGCUGCUUUAAUGGAAAAUCAAAAUAUUAUUGAAAUUAAAGACACUCCUGCUGAAACAAUUAUUAGACGUCAGUCUAUAACUAUCCAAAAAGAGAAACAGCCUCAAGAUACAAUCGAAGAGAUUAUUAUACAGAAGCCUCGACAAGUAUAUGCUCAGUCUAUCGUUGAUGAAUUCAAUAUUGAGACAAUUAGAGAAAUUGAUAUUCAAGAUGGUCCAGUGAAUGAACAAGUGUUUGAAAAAAUUGAAACGCCUGAGAAAUUAAUCAUCAAAAAGAAAAGAAAGUCGCUCAAAGAUAAAAUACCCGAACAAAUUAUAGAAGAAGUUAUUUUAAAACCUAAGGAUCAGCAAAAGACCAUGGAAGAACAGAAAAUAGUGGAAAUUAUUGAAACUCCGACUGAAAAAAUUAUCAAAAAGACGAAAGCUGUAAUAACAGAUAAAAAAAUUCCAGAAGAUAUAAUUGAAGAAAUUGUCAUUCAUAAACCACAAGAUAGAAUCGCUAAGACGGACAUUGUUCCUAUAGAAAGUGUAGAAAUGAAUCAAAUCGUUAUACAGGAAUUUUCCGAGUUAAAAGAAGAAGAAAAAUCUAAUGAACCAACAAUACUAAAGCUACCAGUAACAUUGAACGUUCCGAAAGAAGUUGAAGAUAAAACGAUUAUUAAAGAGGUCGAGGAAGUACUUCCAGGAAAACCAAAGGAAAACAUGCUACCGAAAGUUAACGGCCAUGCAGUUGAAAAAACAGUUCCUGAUGAGAAUAUUAAAGAGAUAAAACCUACAGAUGAGAAGAAGGAGAAAAAAUUAAAAUUAAAAAAAAAGAAAAAAAUUGUCAAAAAGGCAGAUUGGGAAGAAUGGGUUGAACCAGAAUACGAAAAAGCAGUUUUAGAACCUAUGCCAGAAAAAAUACAAUGGGAACCCUCCAAAAAGAAAAAACAAAAAUUGUCAGAACCUCAACAAGCGCAGCAAUUCGUUCCUCAGAAAGUUGAAAGAGUUUCUGUGAAACCUACUAAAUUAAGAUAUAUGGAGCCGAAAGAUGAACCUCAAUUCGGUACAAUUAAGUUAAAAAAAGCUCCAAUCGCGAAAAAGAAAGAUAUAUCGACACUUAAAUUACCGAAAUUUAUGUUAAAAAGUCGCAUUACAUUUUACGGUGAUUAUCCACCUGCAUUACAAUAUCCAACAAUAACAGAACUGGAACCUAAUCCCAUUCAAUCUGGAACUUUAUCUCGUAACAUUGAAGAAGGAUUAAAACUGAUAAAAAAGAAAAGAAAAAAAAUUAAACUCUCAGAGAAAGAUACGGUGGAGUUAGAAAAAUUAGAUAAAGAAUUUGAAGAAUUGAAAAAAGUACCCCUUGAGAAGAUAGAAGACAAAACUAUUUAUGAAAGACAACCUAAGAAACUAAAAGAAGAUGAAAAAGAAUCGAAAUCUUUAGUAAUUGGCAAAGGCAUAGUUCCCGAAAAACUCAAAGAAGUUCCUGAAAAUAUAAAAUUGAGGACAAUUUCUGGAGAACAACCAGAAAAGAUUGAAGAAAAACCGAGUAAACCCAAAGAAGAGAAAACUGAUAAAUUACCUAAAGACGAAAAAGAAGAAGAGCCAAAAAUAACACUAGAACGUAAGAAAUUCAAACCAACUGAUUUUGACCAACCUGAAUUAGAAAAAUAUGUGCCAAAAGAAAUUGAAAAAAUAGAAGAGCCUAUUCCAGAAAACGUAUCAGUACCAUACACAAAAAUGCCAAAAAAAAUACCUGAACAAGAAACUGAACAAAUCCCGAUUAUUCCGGGCAGAGCAAAACCAUCAAAGCCUGAAGAAGAGUCUGAAGUUAAAUUCAGAAUUCCGGAAAAACCUAAACCAGAAGAUCAACCUGAUAGAAUUGGUCUUAAACCGUGGGAAGAAGAUACUGCAAUUACAGGAGCAAAAAUUACCCAAGAACUAAAAAUCAAACCUUCUUUGGAAAUUCCAAAGAUAAGAGAGGAAGAGCAAAAAUCUAAGAAAAAAAGUACUUCUAAGAAACCAAAGACAAAACCUGAUAAAAAAGACAGAGAACCAUGGGAGGAAUGGGUUGAACCAGAAUAUGAGCGACCAGUUUUAGAGCCAAUGCCAGAGAAAAUAGACUGGGCCCAUACGCCAAAAAAAAGAGAAGGAAAAGUCUUGGAAGUAGUUGAAAAGUCCAUUAUCGAAAAAAUAGAAGAUUCACCGGAAUACACACAACAAACAGUAGGAGAAAGACCAGAGCAAACGACAGCUAGAUCACUGAAAGAACCGGUUGACUUGGAAAGUAAAGCAAAGAAAAUCAGUAAAAUAGUUCAUAUUGAAAAAGUGCCUUCGGAAUCAACAGAAUCAGAGAAACCAAAAAUGAAACCAGUUACUGAAGAAGCUGCUGAUGAGGUAACUAUCAAGAAGCCUGUUAUCGAAAAGCCAGACGAGGUUUCUGAAGAAGUAACAGAAGAGGUUAAGAUAGUGAAGAAACCCAAAAAGAAACCAGUUACUGAAGAAGCUGCUGAUGAGGUAACUAUCAAGAAGCCCGUUAUCGAAAAGCCAGACGAGGUUUCGGAAGAAGUAACAGAAGAGGUUAAGAUAGUAAAGAAACCCAAAAAGAAACCAGUUACUGAAGAAGCUGCUGAUGAGGUAACUAUCAAGAAGCCCGUUAUCGAAAAGCCAGACGAGGUUUCUGAAGAAAUAACAGAAGAGGUUAAGAUAGUAAAGAAACCCAAAAAGAAGCCAGUCACGGAAGAAGCUGCUGAAGAGGUAACUAUCAAAAAGCCCGUUAUCGAAAAGCCAGACGAGGUUUCGGAAGAAGUAACAGAAGAGGUUAAGAAAGUAAAGAAACCCAAAAAGAAACCAGUUACUGAAGAAGCUGCUGAUGAGGUAACUAUCAAGAAGCCCGUUAUCGAAAAGCCAGACGAGGUUUCUGAAGAAGUAACAGAAGAGGUUAAGAUAGUAAAGAAACCCAAAAAGAAGCCAGUCACGGAAGAAGCUGCUGAUGAGGUAACUAUCAAGAAGCCCGUUAUCGAAAAGCCAGACGAGGUUUCGGAAGAAGUAACAGAAGAGGUUAAGAUAGUAAAGAAACCCAAAAAGAAGCCAGUUACUGAAGAAGCUGCUGAUGAGGUAACUAUCAAGAAGCCCGUUAUCGAAAAGCCAGACGAGGUUUCUGAAGAAAUAACAGAAGAGGUUAAGAUAGUGAAGAAACCCAAAAAGAAACCAGUUACUGAAGAAGCUGCUGAUGAGGUAACUAUCAAGAAGCCCGUUAUCGAAAAGCCAGACGAGGUUUCUGAAGAAAUAACAGAAGAGGUUAAGAUAGUAAAGAAACCCAAAAAGAAGCCAGUCACGGAAGAAGCUGCUGAUGAGGUAACUAUCAAGAAGCCCGUUAUCGAAAAGCCAGACGAGGUUUCGGAAGAAGUAACAGAAGAGGUUAAGAUAGUAAAGAAACCCAAAAAGAAGCCAGUUACGGAAGAAGCUGCUGAUGAGGUAACUAUCAAGAAGCCCGUUAUCGAAAAGCCAGACGAGGUUUCUGAAGAAAUAACAGAAGAGGUUAAGAUAGUAAAGAAACCCAAAAAGAAGCCAGUUACUGAAGAAGCUGCUGAUGAGGUAACUAUCAAGAAGCCCGUUAUCGAAAAGCCAGACGAGGUUUCUGAAGAAGUAACAGAAGAGGUUAAGAUAGUGAAGAAACCCAAAAAGAAACCAGUUACUGAAGAAGCUGCUGAUGAAUUAGUGAUUGAACAAACACUAGUAAUUGAAGAACCUGAUGAAGUGGUCCAAGAAAUUAUUGAAGAAUUUACCGUUCAUCGUAAGCCUCCAAAAUCUACUCCUAAAUUAAUUGAAGAAAUUUGUGAAGAUGUUACUUUGCGUAAACUACGACCUCGGAAAAAGCGCCUGGAUAUUAAGGAAAUUACAGAAACUGAAAAUGUUACUUUCCGUCCUCGCAGAACAAAAACAAAGGAAGAUGUAGAACAAGAGUUCAAAAUUUCUUUAAAUACGUAUGAAGAAGAAGAUAUUUCAAUGACAGGCAAAGUUCGAUUAAGGCCUAAAAAAAAAGCUCUUACUUACCAUGAAGAAGAGGGUGAAGAAACAAUUAGAAUUAUUCAGGGUCCUAACGACGAUGGUCAACCAGUGAUUGAAGAAAUUAUUUAUGAUUCUGAAGAGGAGACAAAGGAGGAAUACAGUAUUGAUGAAUUAGAGCCUGAUGCAUUUAAUCUUGUUCUACAGAAAAAGAAAAAGCCCCGUCCUUAUUCAAUAGAACAAAUAGAAGAAGAUGAUGUUAGAAUAAAGUUGAAGAAAGAAAGAAAAUAUUCUAUGGAAGAAACUGAUGAAUUUUUAGCACUGAAAUUAAUGUCUAAACGUCGUCCAUCCACCUAUGAAGAAGAAGAAGCAAGUUUAAGUAUUACAAGAGAAGGAGAUAUUUAUGAAGAAGAAGAAGGUGAAUAUAGUGUUCAUGAAGGAUCUGUAAUGUUCUCAAUAUGUUCGUACGUAGCAGAGACAGAUGAAGCAAUUAAUCUUGUUGAAGGAGAAAAAGUCUAUAUUAUAGAACAUAUCAAUUCCGAUUGGUGGUUUGUGAAGAAACAUUUGACACAAGAAAAGGGAUGGGUUCCAGCACAGUAUUUACUUGACGAAGAACACUAUACUAUCUAUUUACAAAGAAAAUUAAACGAAAAAAUCGAUAAACUUCCUGUUUUUGAAAAACUAGGGCCCGGAGAACAAUCAUCAGCACCUCGGUUUAUUCAAAAACUUCAACCAAUUCAUACUCCCGAUGGAUAUACAGUCCAAUUCGAAUGUCAAGUUGAAGGUUUACCUAGACCACAAAUCACAUGGUUUCGACAGACUGCAAUAAUUAAGCCAUCGCAAGAUUUCCAUAUUUAUUACGAUGAAGACAACGUUGCAACUCUCAUCAUUAGAGAAGUUUUUCCUGAAGACGCUGGAACAUUUACUUGCGUAGCUAAAAAUGCUGCCGGUUUUGCAUCGAGUACCACAGAACUCACUGUUGAAGCUCCUCUUUCAGAUCAUGGUUCUGACAUGACUGGGCAUUCAAGAAAAAGUUUAUCAAGAGAAUCUUCCCUUGCGGAUAUUCUAGAAGGAAUUCCUCCCACUUUCUCUCGCAAACCAAAAGCUAAGUGCGUUGAUGAAAAUAGUGAUGUUAUCUUAGAGUGUCGAUUAGUUGCUGUACCAGAACCGGAGAUCACAUGGUAUUAUGAAAACAAAAAGAUAACAACUAAAGAAAAUGUAGUUGUUGCAACAGAAAGUGAUAUGCACAUGUACUGCAGUGUCAUGAAAAUAAAAAAAGUAACGAAAAAUCAAGAAGGGAAAUAUAAAAUUAUAGCAAGUAACAGAGAAGGUGAAGCUUCAAUUGAAAUACCUUUGAAAGUCAAAACUGGUGCUAAAGAACCUCCUGAAAUUCUGGAACCUCUAAAACCAUUCAUUGUUCGGGAAGGAGAAACUGUCGUAUUGAAUACUCAAAUUAUUGGUACGCCAAUUCCUAAAGUCAUUUGGUUGAAGGAUAGUAAACCCUUAAGGAAAGAUUUAAUUCCAACAAAAGACGGUGAUACUCACACAUUAACGAUGAUUCAGCCAAAGCCUUUAGAUGCUGGAGAAUAUUCGUGUAUCGCAACCAACGAUUUAGGAACUGCAGAAACCAAAGCAAUGCUUAUUGUUGAAGCUACUUAUAAAAUUUGUGAUGGCUCUAACUGUGGAACAAUCUCUGAAAUAACAAUCAAUAACAGCUGUUCUGGCUCAGGUUGUGGAACAAUAAAUAACUCCAUUAGUAAAUCGAAUUCUAAAUGCAGUGAUGGAUUUCAUUGUGGAACAGUCACAGAGUCUGUUUGCAAAAAUGAUUGCUGUUCAGGAUCAGGCUGUGGUACACUCAAUAAUUCUACUAAUGAAUUCCAUUCAGAUGUUUAUUGUUCUGGAUCUCAUUGUAGCACAAUAAUUGAUUUUAUUGAUGGUCCGAACAACAAAUCUUGUGAUGGUUCGAAGUGUAGUACAAACACAGAUAUUUUUUAUAAGAAUGACUGCUCUUCAGAAUCCGAAACUCUUUGUAAUUCAAUCGAUGAGUCAAUUGAGUAUCCCUAUUAUGAUGGAUCAACUUGUCAAACGUUAUUUGAAGUUUUAAAUCCUGCUUAUAAAUUAAAUAAUGAACUAGUGUGCAAAUUUUGCUGCCAAUUAAUUUGUAAAAAAACUUGUAAAUCUAAUAACUAUCUUUUAAUUGAACAAGUAGCUACUGAAGUUUCAAAAGUUAUUGAAUUUGAAGAAACACCUAGUGGUGCUCCAGAACCCCCUCUCUUUACUAAACGAUUCCAAGAAUUGACAGUCCCAGAUAAAAGUACAUUUAAGCUCGUAGCUGAAGUUAUUGGUUAUCCAGUUCCAGAAGUAACAUGGUUAAGAAAUAACAAACCCUUGGAAAAGUCACCAAACAUCAAAGAAACAUACGAUGGGAAAAAUAUUAUCUUGGAAAUUAAAAAUGUAAACUCGGAAGUUGACUCAGGAGAUUAUAAAUGUGUUGCAAGCAAUCCUGUUGGAAAAGCUUCACAUGGUGCUCGGGUAACUGUGGAUGUUUCUGGAGUUACAUUUACGAAGAAAUUAGAGACAGAAAAAAUUGUAGAAGAGUACAAAACGCUUGAACUCAUUUGUGAAACAUCUCACACGGUAUCAACAACUUGGUUCCACAAUAAUGAAGAAAUUAGUGGUAUGGAUCAUCGUGAGGUAAUUCAUGAAGGUCGUGUGCACAAAUUAGUGAUCAAAAAGACUGGUGCUAUUGACGAAGGAAUUUAUAAAUGCACAGUUAAAAAUCAAAGUACUUCAUGCAAUGUAAAAGUCAAACCAACCAAACCUGAGUUUGUGAAAAAAUUAGAAGAUUUCGAAAUUAAAGAGAAGGAAGUGGCAAUCUUAGAAGUUGAAAUAACAUCUCAGACUGCUGAUGUUCAAUGGAAGAAAGAUGGGCAAGUAAUUGAACCUCGUAAUAAAAAGAUUGAGUUUGUAAAGGAAGGACCUCUUCGAAGAUUAUAUAUUCGAAAUACUUCAGUUCAUGAUGAAGGAGAAUACACUUGCUCACUUUUAGAUGAAGAAUGCUCAGCGGAAGUGACUGUAAUCGAAUUACCACCAGAAAUUAUAACAAAAAUGAAAGACGUCAAAAUCGCACAAGGGGAUAAAGCUAAGUUUGAAAUUGAAUUGACCAAAGGAGAUGCAUUAGUUCGUUGGUUCAAAGAUGGUGAAGAACUUCAAUUUUCUGAACAUAUAAGUUUAUCAAUUGAUGGAAAACGUCAAAAAUUGAAAAUUUAUGACACGAGACCCGAAGAUGCUGGUCUUUAUUCAUGUAAAGUUGGAGAUCAAACUUCAGAAGCAACUUUAAUUGUAGAAGAACCCGAAGUUAGUUUUAUUAAAAGACUGCCACCUGUUACUGUAGUUCCUCUCGAUGAAGAUGCAUUAUUUACGAUCGAAUUGUCACGUUCAGAUGUCUUUGUUCAGUGGUGUAGAAGAGGUAUGCCAAUUAAUAAAUCCAAGAAAUACACAAUAAUUGAUGAAGGUAAAGUUAAAAAAUUAAUCAUUAAUGAAUGUAAUAUCGAUGAUGCUGUGGAAUAUAGUGCAGUUGUAUUAAAUGCUAAAACAUCAUCUAAACUGAAAGUAGAAGUAAUUGAGGCAUCUCCAAAGAUCUCAGCAGAAUCACCGACAGAGUACAAAGUAAAAAAAGGUGAUGAUGUGAACAUGACUGUAAAGUUUUCUGCUUCUCCAAAACCAACUGAUGAAUGGGCUAUCAACAAAAAGGUAAUCGUUAGAUCAAAACGAAUAACAUCAUCAGUUGAUGAAGAGUUCGCUACACUAACCAUUAGGAAAGUUGAAGAGGAAGAUGUAGGAAACUAUACUUUGAAAUUGAUCAAUAUUUAUGGAGAAUCAACAACAGAAAUCAAAUUAAUUGUUGGAAAAGAACCUGGCAAACCACAGGGACCUCUUGAGAUUAAGAAUAUCAAACCAAACUCACUUACGAUUCAAUGGAAGCCACCGAAAGAUGAUGGAGGCUAUGAAAUCACAGAUUAUGUUAUUGAAAUGUGUGAGACAUCAUUAAAGACUUGGAAACGUGUGACUAAAGUUGAUAAAGAUACUCUUAGCUAUAAUAUCGGAGAUUUAAAACAAGAUAUUGAAUAUAUUUUUAGAGUAAUAGCUAAAAAUGAAAUAGCAUCAUCGAAACCACUAGAUUCGAAACCAGUAACACUCAAAUCUUCAGUUGAUAAGCCCGAAUCACCCCGAGGACCGCUCGAAGUUUCAGGAAUGACCAAGACUUCAUUCACAAUUAAAUGGAUGGAACCCGAAAAUGAUGGUGGAUCUCCUAUUAUCGAAUAUACUGUUGAAAUUAAAGAAGAAACAAAGAAAACGUGGACCAAAGUCGGUACAACAAAAGCCAAAAUUACAUGGAUCAAUGUUUCUGAUUUGAAAACCGAUGUCGCAUAUGAAUUCAGAAUUUCAGCAACAAAUAUAGUUGGCACUAGCCCUCCAUAUUUGUCAGAAGAAUCGAUUAUUGCAGGAAAACAAAUUAUGCUAACUGUAACUGAAGAAUCGCUUUAUGCUCUGUUUGGAAUUUUUCCCGUUACCAAAGCAGUAAAGAGUAAAGCUCCACCAUCUUGUCCACUCAAUUUCCAUGUUACAAAUAUUACAAGCAAGAGUGUAACUCUCAAGUGGUCACCACCUGCGAGUACAGGAGGCUCAGAACUCACGGGAUAUAUAAUCGAAAAAAGACCUUUAAUAGGCAGAGGAUCUAAAUGGAUUAAAAUAGUUACCUUAGAUGCAACAACUCAUCAAUAUUGCGUUGAAAAUCUUAAAGAAAGUGAAUUCCUCUUUAGAAUAUUUGCUGAGAACAGUAUAGGACUGAGCACACCAGCAAUUUCUGAAUCUAUUACUCUUCAAACUCAUGCCAAUGUGCCAUCUCCACCAACUGCUCCAUUAGAAAUCAGACAAAUUGCUGGAAAUACAGUAGUUAUUGAAUGGGGUAGACCAGAAUUCGAUGGUGGAGCACCGUUAGAAGGCUAUAAAAUUGCUAUAAGAGAUUCUAAAAAGACAAUGUGGAUAGAAGUCGGUCGAGUUAAUGCAGACAUUCAAAAAUUAAAUGUUAGAGAUUUACAAGAAGACCAUGAAUACUAUAUUAGGAUAUACGCAAGGAAUGAGGUAGGAUUCAGUGAACCUCUUGAAUCCGUUGAACCAGUUAAAAUUGUUCCUGCAUCAGCUUUAGAUGUCAUCGAACCUGUAGCAGAAGUUUCUGAGCAUGGUGAAACAGCAUCUGUUAGUUAUAGUACAGAAAAUACUAGUUCAUGGUUACGAGAUCAUAACAUGGAUGCUGAUAUUAGUUCUUAUGCACGCACUCAACUUCUCAGAAAGGAUGAAUACUUUUUCCGAAUUUGGCAUUAUGCUAAAAAGCUUUUCAAAUAAGCAUUUUCACAAAUAUUUUUUUCAGUAAUGGUCAAUCAUUUUCAUUGGUUACCUAAACAAAAAUAGAAAGUUAUAUAAAGAUUAAAAUUAUAUAAAAAUAUCAUCAUACACAUACUAUUGACUAGAUUAUUCAUUUAAAAUGUAUAUAAAGAAUGGAAAAAAUUUAUUUAAUAAACUGGACGAGUCUAAAAUCUAGUCAUACAGUAGAAAAGAUUAUUGACAUGUCAGACAGAGACAUUAAACUUCUAUGGACGAUACAUCAAAAUAAGAUCCUCUGUUAUUUAAUAAUAAUAAUCAAUUAUCAAAAUAUUAAUUAUGAUUUAUUUAGUUGAAAUCUUCAUUUAUACCAUUUUUGAUAAUUGUCUAUUGUCAAAAUGAGAUGACCAAGAUUGUGUGGCAAUGUCGAAAAAUGUGAUACAAGUAAUCAUUCUUGAAAAGUCUAUAGACAUAAAUUAUUGCAAGUACUUUUCAAGAAGUUAGAGAUUUAUUAUAUUUUAAAAAAAUAUUCCUUGUAUUUAUAUGAAAAUAUUGUUUGAGAUAGCAAAUUAUGUGCAAUGCAAGCAAUGCUUCCAUCAUUUUCCUAUGUUUGUCAAAAUUAUUUAUAAUAGAGUCAAAUAUUUAUUGCUAUUUUAAUUAAAUGUUAUUAAUUCAUUAAUUAUUAUUAUUAUUAUUAUUAAUAUAAUUCCGUUCAUAAUUAUAUCAAUAAUGUUAAUUAUAAACAUUAUUAUGCAAUUAUUAUAAGACAGAUAUUAUGUAUUUAUUUAUAAUUUGAAGUUUGAGAGACUUAUACGAUGAAAAUAAAAUCGGUAAUUGAUGAUUAUGCCACACAAUGCUGAUAUCCUGAGACGUAAAUAUAGGUGCAAUAAUCCAUCUUUGUACUUAUCAAUAUUGUGUUGCAUUCAUCAUGAGCCUUUAUAUAAUGUUUUAAACAAUAAAUGACUAUAAAUAAUA